AGAGCAGCUCUGCUCCUCUAUCACUGUGAGAGGAUUUACUGAUCCAGACUGAGCAGAGCCUCUGAGGACUGACCACGUCCAGGAUCACAGAGUCCAGGAUCAGGACUGUGAGUGUGUGCUGCUGCAGCCUGUGGAGCCCCUUCAUCCUCUGGACCUUCAUCAUCCUCAUCUUCAUCUCCAUCCUCAGGACCACUACCACCAGGAGCAGCAGAGUGAGGACCUGCAGACCAGCAGCAGAGAAAGGACCCGCAGACCAGCAGCGUCUGUAUCAGUGAGUACGAGUGACUCAGUCUGAGCUUCACAAUCUGAGGGGAGAGCCUCAGGUAUCAGGAGCACACCUGACAGCAUGGAGGACACACACACACACACACACACACACACACACACACACACACACACACACACACACACACACACACACACACACACACAGAAUGAGAGAACAAGAGGGAGUGAGCAGGUCUCUGUCUUUCAUGUUUAAAUUCACUCUGACUCACAUUUGAAGCUCUUCCACUAAAUAAAAACACCAACAUUUCUGCUACUGAAUCUCAUCUCACGUGCACUCUCUUUACACACAUACACACUGUGAUGGUCUCAGGUGACGAGUCCAGGGGGUGCAGAGAUGGAGAGUUCGUUUAUCUCCCUGUCAUCAGGUCUGCAGGUGUGUGUGUGUGUGUGUGUGUGUGUGUGUACAUUAUUCUGUCAGUGAGGAUUGUUACAGUGAGGCUGUGAUGAACGUUAAAAUGGUUUUAACAUUAUAGUGAAUCAUUUUGAUUCUGCUCAUCUUCAGAUGACAUUCCUCUGAUUCAUUCUAUUUAAUUAGUUAAUUAAUUUUAUAAUGAUUAAAUGUGUAUUUGUAUGGUUUAAACAGGGCAGCUUUACUCCUGUUGAGGAUAUGAAAAAAACUGAUCACUUUGCAUGAAAACCAGAACAGACAUGAGUUUUUACCUCAAUGAAACCACCAGACGCACAGUGAUGAUUCAUUUAGUCAUCCUGUAUUCCAUUACUCAUCAUUUUUAUUCAUUACAUAUCAGUUUGAGUAAUAUUUAGAGUCAAAGAAAUACAAUUCUGUGAUUCAGGUAUGGCAGCAUGCCUUCAGUGACCAUUAAGGUCAACUGCCCAAAGUUACAAUAAAUACAUAAGCAUUUCCCUAAAUGUCAAAAAAUAUUUACAGAGCACGAUAAUGUUUUUAAUGCAAAAUCAAUGAAUAAAACACAUAUAUACGUAUAUAAAUAAAAAAGAUAACAAAAUAUGAAAUAAUAUCACUGCAUGCAAAAGAUCAAAAAGUAAAACAUUUCAUCAAACACAAAAUAAAAAUAAGAAUUUCACAAAAUAUUCAGCAAUUUUAUUGAUGCUAUUUUUUUCCCUAAAAUGCUUCUUUUAUUUCCUCAUUAAUACCAGAGAUCAACCAGUUUUCCUGUUAACUCGGGGUUUCAGUUCUGGUCUCUAUCCAUGGUGCUGAAGUUCUUCUCUGUGUCUCUGUCCAUGUUACUGAAGUUCUUAUUGUGUCUCUGUCCAUGGUGCUGAAGUUCUUCUCUGUGUCUCUGUCCAUGGUGCUGAAGUUCUUCUCUGUGUCUUUGUCUAUGGUACUGAAGUUCUUUUGUGUCUCUGUCCAUGGUGCUGAAGCAUGUGUUUGUGGUACCUGAGGUGUUUGGACUCAUCUUUAUGCCUCUGUCUAUCAUGCUGAAACUUACCUUGGUUUCUCUGUCUGUGAUACCAAACAUGACUCUGUGUCCCUGUCUUAGUGCUCAAGCUUAUGUCUGUGUUCCUCUGCAUAUUGCUGAUGCCUUCUGUCUAUGGGUGUUUGGAAGCUGCCAUUGUAAGGUGUGUUGUUUACUCCCCUGUUUUGACUCAUCUGCAGAGCAGUUUUGGGGGGAAAAAAGUCAUUCAGACUCUGACCCUCCCUCAGAAGAAGAAAUGGAGGGAAAGAAGAAGAUGGUCAUGUGCAGCAUUAAAACUGGCAGUGCAGAAGAGCACUGUAUGUGUCUUUGUUCUUGCAGUCUGGUAAUGAGGAAAUGGGGUGUGUUACGAUACUCUGGACACUCAUAUAAGCCCUUUUUCAGGGUUCAGUGCAGACAUACAAAGCCAUAAUGAUUGUAAAGCUCUGUUCCAGCACUGUAGCAGAAUUCAUGUCAGCAGUCCUGAAGUUUGCUCUGUUUGUUGGACCUUAGUUUAUCUCAGUGUCUCUAUCCAUGGUGCUGAGGGUUCUGUAAGUCUCUGUCCAUGGUGCAAUCUCGUCUCAGAAUGGUCCUGUACUGCUCGUUGCCUGCAAAAGAAGGUUUGUGUGUGUGUGUGUAUAUGUGUGUGCAUGCACUGUAUAUAGAAGUGUUAGAGCGAUUUUAGUUUGCAUAUAUUUGCGUCUCAUUUCCAUUUUCUCUCUAAGACUGUGUUGUCUUUUGGCCAGCUUAUCCUCCUUCAAACAGAGUUAUGAGGCAGCAAGUUGGGGGACAAGAGAGAGGGAGAGAGUGUGUGUGUGUGUGUGUGUGUGUGUGUGUGUGUGUGUGUGUGUGUGUGUGUGUGUGUGUGUGUGUGUGGUAUUGUUCAGUAUUUUGCUCAAGGACAGGUGUUCUGGCUGGAUCAAACCUGACACUGAGGUGUGAUAGGAAGCCUCUGGAAAGGUCUCAGCAGCAGAAAUCAAACACCUUCACUGCUCCUACAGCACAUCGAGCAGCUGCUUCCCUCAGAGCAGAUAAUCUGAGCGCUGAGGACAGAGGCAGUGUGUGUGGGCAUUUAUGGAUCGUACUGGAGGUCCGGACUUUCUUUUCUUCUAUCCUGCACACUAAGACACUCUCCUAAGUACUCUAACUUCUCUAGUGUCUUAGUCUCAGUCUUGACACAGCCUGAGUCUAACUUGCUUAUUGGUGAAGAUACUCAACCCCACUUCCAGAAGCGCUGGAAACACAUUGCUCAGUGUGAGUCUCAGUGACAUCACCCAUGAAGCCCAUCAGUGGUGGCUGACAUGUUGCAAAUGCUGACUCAGCUUAACUUUUGGUUGACUAAAAAAGAGAACCUCGAGAAAGGGGAUUUUUGAGUUCUUUUGUUUGUUUGUUUGCUUUAACCAGGCUGAUAGCAGUAGUACAAAUUUGCUAUUUUCAAUGGGUGUGUAUUUGGCUUCUGGUGCUUUUUCAGCCACCAGUGGACACUUGGGGAACUGCAGUUUUUAGCACACCUCUGAAUUGGCUUUGUUUCAUGUCUCUACUUAAAGUGAUGAUCUGCUUUGUUUUUGUAGCUCAUUCAGAGACAUUAGGAUUCAUUUGAGCCUGUUUAUGAUCAGAUAAAAACUCUUUAUUGGAGCUUUAAAACCAGCAGUACCAAGGAUAAAUAAAGUAUUCAGAUUCUGAUUCUAAGAAUGUGUAAAAGACAACUUAAGAGCGCAUUAAUGAACCUUAAUUAACUGUGAACCUUCAGAUUACUUCUGGAAAUUUCAUCUUCAACAAUAAAUUUGCCCACAUUCAGCUGCCUUCAGAAUAUAGAAAUCAUCAUGAAUAUCCAUAUUUAUCAACACGAAAUAACCAGUUAUAAUCUGCUGCCAUGAACCAAACACUGGUUGUUUGCUGGGUCACACAGACAGAGAAGACAUGGACCUCUUCAUUUUUACUCUGUUGAUAUUUAAACAGACUCACACAUCUUCAGCUUUACACUCCUGCCUGUUGAGCUUUGUUUUAUCUGCUGUUAUUAGAGGUGAUCAGGGUAUCAGAGGGCAUGCUGGGACACGCUCCAGCUCUCCAUUAUGUGUGACAGUGCUGGCUCAUCAUGUAGUAUUGUUCCUCACAUGAUGUGUCUCAUUUCAGGCUCUUGUCUGGGCUGCUGAUUACAGCUCAUCUGUACGAGCAACUGAUUAUUUCAGACUGAAAACAGAGACUGUGAGGGGCCUACACGAGUCCUAAAUCACUGUGACAAUGUCUCCUUUUAUCUGAUACCUGUCACUGUCAAUGUGUAACCGUAAACAGGUUCAGAUCUGUAGUUUUACAUCUCUGUAAAUGUUAAACGUUAAAAUAUCUCUGACACGUCUAUCUGGAGUCUCUCCUGUUUGUUCCAUCUGUGUUUGUACAGCUUCAUACUGCAUAAAGAGGAACAGUUUUGUGUUUGUAAAAUGACGCUGCUCCAGGAAUGAACAUUUAAUUUAUUUCAUAGAAACAGUCUGAGCUCCACAAAUAUGAGCUCUCUAAACAGAAACAGUGACAAGGUUUGAAUUUUGAAGAAAAGUCAGACUGCUGCUGUUCAGACAGUCUGUUUCUCUCACGCUGACGCUUCUUUAUUUAAACCAAACUCAUAAAUUCAUGUGAAAGGUUGAAUUAUUUUUAUCUGCAUAAAGGCAACAAAAACAGAGGAGUUGAAAUUAUUCAUUUAAUUUAGUCACGUUCAGUUUACUUACCUAGUGUUUGAAUUACCAAAAAUUUAUUAAACUGUGGAUGAGUCAUUAGUUUAUUUUGUCUCCAAAAAACAAAUUUGAUUAAUUCAUGAAAUGUGUUUGAUGUUAAGACAAGUUGACUGAAAUGAUUUCAGAUUCUUGUUAAAUGUAACUCAUAAAUUCUGCCUGAAAAUAACUAUAAUGAAUAAAAUAAUUAUGCAUCACCCAAAUAAAUUAAAAUGAAUUAACAUAGUGAAUUGACAUUAUAAAGCUUAAAGUAUGAUGAAAGAAUAUUAAUGAAAAAAAAAGGGGAAAAAAAGAGAUAAGACAGACUGAUCAACAGCUGUCUUUGGAUUUGGAAAUGAUGAUAAAAAGGCGUAGAAGUGGAAAAAACUUUUAAAAUGUCAGAAUAUGAAUCACAUCUGUGGCACCUCUUAUUUCAGGGUGAGCCAGUGAAAAAGUGAGUCUCUGGUUGUAGAGGUUUUAAAAGGGCGUGAUAUGGGCUCUGGUCUUUAUCGGCUUUCAUGCGCCUGAGUGUUUUGAAUUUAGAGGAAGAAAGUGGAACAUGACAGGAGUUCAUUUUGCAGGUGAGAAAAGCAUGAAUUACAGUCUCUGCAGCGGCUCGAGAGGGAAACAGUCACACUCUGAAAUUGUUUUUCAUGUAAUGAAAAGCUUUCUUUGAAAUGUGGCUGAUAUGAGUCUCAAAAACAAGCAACAAACAGAGAAAAUGACAUCAGGUGUCUGCGGAGGAUGAGGAGGACAUUGUAGAGAUGUUUUUAUUUGAGAUAAAAUGAAGAAAUGUUACUGUAGGAGGUUCAGGCAGCAGUGCACCAUGGGACAUAUAGUUACAGCUAUGUGCAGUACGCAGAAAAAUUCACUUUCAUUGCACAAUCAAGUCAAAAGGGCUUGUUGGGUUACUAUUUGCAGUGGGAAGACUGUAGGAACAACCUGAACACACCUCAGAAGAAUUCAAUGAGAGCCACUGUGGUCCAAAAUGAAUAUUAUUCUUAGGCAACAAGUUAAAUUUGGUGGUAUGGCUCUGCUCUUAGAGCUCCCCGACCUUUCAACUGUGCAUUUGGUUUGCCAAAGUCAGAGACAAGGAGAACACACCUCUCUUCUGUUUGAGGUGCACAUAUGCAACAGAAAGGCAGGGAGAGCAGCAGCAAAGACCUCAUACAGAACAGAGCAGCAUCAGUGACAACCCAUCUGACCCUGGUUAAAUCAGACACGCAUGAAAAGACGGAGCUUGGGAGAAAGAGGGUUGUCAAGUGGUCUGCAAGAGAAGAGUGGGCGGUCUACAGCAGUUUCAAUAGAACAAAUAUAUACACAUUUGGCAUGUAUGUACUGUGGGUGGAGCUUGACUUCUUGGCCUGUCUGGACCUUCACUAGCACUACUCAAUUUAUAAUAAUAUUCAGACUAUAAGUGACCUAGUUUUGAGGGGAAUGAUUUUAAGAUAGUGGGUGACUGUGUUUAAUGUCUGUGGAAGUGUUUAAUGUUAGCAUCUAUUCAGGGUUUUUCCCACUCCAGGUUUUCCUGUAGAUCCAGUUCUUGUUGGUGGUUUAACAGCCUGAGACGCUGAAAGAACAGCAGGACUCAGAGUCAGAGCACACUGUAGAAAAUUGUCCAACUGUGCAUAAAUGUGUCAUUUAAAGAGCUUUAAGAUUUAAUUAAAGCCUGAACAUCUCUAGUUUUUAGAGGAGAGGAAUCAUGCAGGAGAGGAAAUUUAAUUUCAGUGAAGUGUUUACAACUGUAAUCAUCAUGAUACUUCCAUCAAUCAGCCAGAGGAGAAUUUUAAACAGGGUCAAAGACAUCGGCAGGUUAUUCCUGGUGAGUGCAGGUGACUCUGUGUCAGACUCUCCAUCUCAAAGUUCAGACAAAUCAGUAAAUGGUGCUCGAGUCUGUCUGAGGAGAACAGGAUGGAAUCUGACUGCAGGGAGAUUCAAUUUAGAUUUAAAGUAGACUGACUGAUGUGUUGGACUCUGAUAAUGGUAUCUCUUCUGUGAGGAAGGACACAUAGUGACACCAGGAGACAGCAGGGAUCAGGCGUCAAGUAGAUUUCUAAAGUAAGUCUUAAUUUGACCAGUCUGUUUUUACAGAUCCUACAUGAAAAUACAGACUCUGUACUCAGUGUCUGGACUUGGUCUGAGGAGUGCACUUGUGCCCAUUUGUAGUCCUUAUAGCAUCACCCACUCAGGUGUCAGCAGGAAAGACAGUCUGUAUGGAGAGCAAAAGGAGGAUGAACACAGUCCUCCAUCAUGACCUCCAGCUCCCAUGGUUGGUGAUCUGAGGAGGAUUUCAGUCUCUGUAGCAACAGAUAUCUGAAUAAAGCUCAGCAAACACACAGAUCAAACAUUUACACUGCGACACAGAUCUGACUGAUGCUGAGUCACUAAAGACAAUCAGAGUUUAGAUUUACAGACUGGAUGCCUCAAAAUGAGGAGAACAUCACAAGAACAUCAGUUUCUGUUUCAGGUUCAUACUGCUGAAGGAAAGAGUGAAGUCUCUGAAAGACUAUUUACAGAGAAAAUGACUCUCCACACAUAAACAGUAUCUCAUCUGGAGCUUGUUUGAUUUAUCUGGAGGGUUAUUUUCUCUUUUUGGCUGUUCUUUUAGUUUCUGAUCCGACUGUAAAUUAUUGAGGACAUAAACUCAGCUAUUACUGACUGCUGCUGUGUGUGCUGGCACAGUGAGAAGUUGACUAUGGUUCCAGAGAAUAUAUUAUUAUCUGAUGGUUUUAAGAUGACAAUAUAACUUGUGCAUGCAUUCAGCUAAUUUGAUCAUUAUCUAAUAGUUGGAUACACAUGGCUUAUGUUUAUUUUUCUGUUGAUGUGAGAGCAUGGGAGUUUUCUUUCCCCCUUUGUUUAAGCCAGCUUUAAUCAGAAGUGAGAGUAAAGCUCCUGAUCACACUGAACUAACUCUUUCUGUUCACUCUGCCUCUCAAACUGUGCGUCACGGCUUUACCUGUCCAUCAGAGUAAUGCACCUGAGACAGCUCAAGGCUUCCUUCACCUUUACUGCUGUUUGUUCAACAGUUGCAUCAGCUUUUAAAGGUUACAACCUCUUUUCUGGAAGUGCUGCAGUUAUUCAGUGUUCCUGCAGUCUGAAUACAGGAUGGAGGAUGACUCAGUGUUCAAAAUCCUACCUAUAGGGCUGUAAUUAUAAUGUAUAGGACGGAGUUCUUGCAGCAGAGAUCAGUUGCAUAUUUAAGCAGUAACCUUUGGAGCUAUCUUGUUCGUCAAAGGCUGCAGGCUGCUGUUUCUGUGAAGUUGGAUGCAUGAAAAGAUAAGGUGCAGCAGCAGCAGCAGAGGGUUUGGUGACUCUGAUAUGAAUCUCUGCUGACCUCUUAAUGAAGCAGAUGUAAAAGACUGAGGCUGAUAAAUGUGUCAUGAUCGGACCACUGCUGCAGUCAAGCAGACGAGGAAUCAACUCACAUUCAUAAAUAAUGGACAGACUUAAAUCCUGCUUUCACUGUCAGUUCUGAAUCUCUGAGUACAGACUGAUUUGUGUGAUACAGUCUGAGCGCAGGGUCAGGCCUCAAAAUGUAUUUAUCUCUGAGUGUCAGACAGUAAACUGACUGAAAGAAUCUGCAAUAUGUGAAAAAAAAACAAUAAAUCAGCUGAUUCAACGAGGAGAGAGUGACCAUAAACACAUCACUAGAGCCGUGCAUCUCUCUCUUCAAUCUGACAGACAGACAGAGGGGAUUAGGACUGAUAGAGGUCAAAGAGGAGGUCAAGGUUUAUCUGCAGACAGGCAGAGAAUAACACCUGGGAGAUGAGGACAUCUGGAUUCAGUCUAAUUUGCAGAUCCUAGAACACACAAUUAAAUCUUCUACACAAUCAGAGCUCUCAGAGGACACACUUCUGUUUGUUUUUAUCUGCAAAGAUGCUCCAGCUGCAGCAUCAAGUAUUUCCAUUAAACAUCCUCUCAGUUGGAGCCUGGGGUCGGAGCCUGGGUCAGGGCCUUUGUCAGACACUUGGUCAGGGCCUGGGUCAGGGCCUAGGUGAGGGCCUGGGUCAGGGUCUAGGUCAGAGUCUAGGUGAGGGCCUUGGUCAGAGUCUAGGUGAGGGCCUUGGUCAGAGUCUAGGUGAGGGCCUUGGUCAGAGCCUGGGUCAGGGCCUAGGUGAGGGCCUUGGUCAGAGUCUUGGUCAGAGUCUUGGUCAGAGUCUGGGUCAGAGCCUGGGUCAGACUCUCAGUCAGACGGAGUCUGAGUUUCUCUCUGAGCAGUAAAAAUAGAUCUGCCAGCUAACAAACAUGUUUUUCCCUGAUGACAAUUCAGACUGUGGGUGGGGGGUGGGGGUCCAACACAUCAGUCAUGGACUGUUGUUACAGAGGGAUGACUUCUCUCAUUUGACAAACUAAAUUUUGCAGUAAAGACUGACUUUCUGGAAAAGUGACGAUUAGAGCGACAGACCGCCUCUAGAGGACACUCAGAGAACUGCAGAUUUUAACAUUUCUGCAUGGGCUUCAGCGGCUUUGAAAGGGGUAAACGCUUUAGUAGCUACAAAAUCAUAUUAGGGAUUAAAAACUCCUGCAGAGUUGACAAGUAGCGAAGUUUCUUGUCCAGAUUCAUGGAUCCUGCUGAAAAACAGAUCUCCAGACCGAGGAGAUCUAAACCCAGCAACAGGUUUCAGGAAGAGAGCCUGCCUUCACUUCUCUUUAUGGACCAAAAUGGACUCCUGUGGACACUUAAGAUCUAGUCCUUCAUGGGAUCCUGGGUUUAAUCAUGGACUCAUGUGAGUCAGGAUGGUAACGAGGAGAAACUGAUUCCCCUAAGGUCAGUAAAAACUGUUCUGAAACAGAUUUACGAGCGUACACGUGUUUGGUUCGUGUGUGUGGAGCGUGCGUGAAGCGCGAGUUUGCGGAGUGCAACAUGUGUUAAUUGUAGCAUCAGAGUCGAUAUCAGCCUUAUGUGUGAGUGUGCAUGUGCAAAGUGUGUGUGUGUAUGUGAAGUACAUGCAGUAGUUGUCCAAGUGUGAACUGAGUCUGUGUCAGACUUCAGUAUAAGUUGAUCAUAGGAGACCAUUUUUUUUGGCAUCUAUAUUUUUAAGACAGUUAUAUUUUCACUCAUUCUGUUGGUUUGAAGGGAUGCACAACAUCUUGAAAUAUAUGCAGAUACACUGGUUAGAGACAAAACUAUGACUGCCUUGAUGUAGUGAUCAGAAAUAUGAAAAAUGGCUCAUCUUACCCCACUCUCCCCUGUAUUUUAGGAUCUCUUCAUAUGCUGUUAAACACAAACUUCCUCUAUGAACUCAUGAAUUUGCUGCUUUCACUGAGUUAAUAAAACACCAGACCAGGAGCAGAAACAUUAUCUAAGAGGUCUGUGCAGGCUACUGAAGCAAAAGUGAAGCAUCAGUUACAGUUUCAGGUGACUGAGUGACUUUUCUGAUGCAGUUACUCAGUCAGUCAGUCAGUCACUUUAGAAAGGAGGCUGGAGUCACAGAGAGUGAAGUCUCUGAAAAUAAUACUGUCUGAGAGAAGGUCUGUGCAGGCUGAGGGUUAAGUGUUUGGACCUGGCCGACUGAACAUUAAAACCAAAUAGAGGGAAAAAUGAGACUUUUUAAAAGCUUUAGAAACUUUCAAGAAAAAGUAAAAAAUAAGGGUUCAUGUAGAAAAUGUUCCUUUAACUUAGCAAAAGUAUGUAAGUGCUUUUAGUUCACAUUAUUUAGUGCACAGCUGUAAUACCUGUUGUUGAGUUAUAGCCCCAUGGAGAAAUAAAUAUCUUAUUCUGACCAAAAGAAAAUAGAUAAAUAAAUCAUACUGUCUCUUCAUUGCCCGAAGCUGCUCUUUCACACUUGUCCCUGAUCCAACUUCAGUCUCUGAGGGGCUCAUGUGAAGAAGCACCUGCAUCAAUAUCCUGAAAACCUCUGAAGCGCACAGGUGAAACAGGGUUCAUGUUGUCUGAAAGACUCUUAUCCUUAUGGUUUUCCUGGAUAAACCUCCUGCUGGGAUCUGGUUAACUCCUCUCCUGACAGACUGACAGACUGAGCUCUUCUCCAACAUGUUUUGAACCUGUUCAAUGUGUCAUCUCAUCAGUGAUCAGCAGCCUGUCUAUGGCCAGCAGCUGUCUAUUGUUACUACGCUCCAGUCUCCAAACUGUGUCACUGCUGCAGAGUCUGAAUAUAAUGUGUCAUUUCUGCAGCAGAUCAGAUCUGCAGAUCAGUUAAUAUUCAGAACUAAAUCCAUUCUGUGCCAAACACCUGAUCUGUGCCUCGCUCAGCAUCCUGUGCUGCAAGAGGUGACAGAUGGCUGAGUGGAUGCAGCGACGCUUUCUGACAUAAUUAUGGAGGAAAAAGAGACGUAGCUGUAGUAUUUUGGUGUAAAAAAGGGCUCAUGUUGAACCAGGAUGCUUUAAACAGAAUCAGCUUUUAUCUCCAGCUCUCUGUACAGCUGUGGGAACCUGUUCUCUAACAGGACAGAUUUUUAUGGGGAUAUUUGUAGGCCCUCAGUCCAGACUCUUGUGAGAGUGGAGAGCUUGUUCAGCUCAGAUGAGAGACAGCAAGCUGACACAGCCAGGAUCAGAGCUCUGAAUCGAUCCAAACACUAGGUCACAGUCCUGAAUCACCAGCUCAGCCUCAUGUCUGCUCAGGAUUGAAAGAAAAGGGUUCAGAUCCACUCAAAGUGGGUUUAAAAGACUCCCACAGAAACAGUCACCGGAGAGUUUGACUCUUUUAGAAACAGUCACCAGAGAGUUUAACUUUUUUGAAUGUCCUUGAGGGAACCUUUCUCAAAAGAUCGAUGAAGUUCUUCCUAAUCUAAUCUCACUGAAUCAUCAGAGGUUUGUAGAUUUAUUACCAGCAUCAUUCAUUUUCUCAAUUUCUGAAUCUCUUCAUUAAUUGGCCUGAAAAUGUGUUUUUAUGUUAAUGGAUCUUCAUCACCCUCUGACAGUCACUUAUUAUUGCAGCUGUUCACACGCAGACUUGGUUCUUUACUCUUUAUUUCCUCUGAUUUUCUCUGCUCAUACUGACGCUUGUUUCUCUGAAGAAACAUACAGAUGAUAUUAGGUUGUCAUAUUUAUUAUUUGGUUCAUAGUGCAGAUUAGUGAAAACUCCAGCUUUGUCAGGUCUGUCCUCGAGAGUUGAAGUAAACUACUUCGCAAUGUUUAUUUGUUGAAUGGAGGUCAGAUCCAUUAUUUCUGAUGCAUUCAGGGACGUCUGUAAAUCUUAACUCUGAUUUUCUUUAAUGACUUAGCAUCUGUCAGAUUUGUGUCUCAGUGUAAAUGAGACCAACCAAAUCCGAUCACCAACCAUGGGAGCUGGAGGUCAUGAUGGAGGACUGUGUUGUUCCUCCUGCUUUUGCUCUCCAUACAGACUGUUUGUCCCUGAUUAGUCUACAGUAAAACCACAUGCCUGACUUCAUAAUUUUUACUUUGUAUAAUCUGAUACAUUAGCUGUCCCUCUCAGACCCCCUUUCGCCCUCUCUUCCCUCAGGUGUGUGUGUGUAUGUGUGUUGUAGAUCCCUCCUCUCCUCACUCAGCAGAGGUUUCUGGGUUUUGUUCCUGCUGUCACACAGGGCUUUAGUCAGGAUAAAGAUUGAGUCCUGUGACACACAGAGUGGAUUUUUUCUCUGAGGAGUCCACCUCUCCUCCUUUCUUUGUGUUUGGCUCAGAACCCUGUGUUAGAGCGACCUGGCCGCCUCUUCCUCAGAGAGCUGGGACUCACUCAGGGGUCUUAAGAGUCUUCAGGCACACACUUCAGGGUUCAGGAGAGCAUUGUGUGUAGGAUCAGGUCCCUCUGAGAGAGAGUACCACACACAGCAUGUUAGCUCAUAGAGAGGACGCAGACGGACACGCUGAGGAGGUGACCGCUGUCAGAAAUAAGAACCAUCAAACAAAAACGGCAGAGAUUCAAGCUGACCUGAGAAAAAACCAUAAAAAACACCUGACUGUCCUGGUUAUUCAGCUGCAAAACUGGAAAAUGUUUCAUGCAGUUCAGAAAAAGGUUUUGCAAAAUAUUUUACGAGAUUAAAAAUAUUUUAAAUCAAAAUUUCACUGCUACUCAUGAAAUAUUGGUUUGCUCUGUUUUUAGCAGAAUAUCAAAAUCGUUAGAGUCUACCAAAUAUUUCAACUUUACGUCAUAUAUUUAAGUUUUAUAAAAGAUUUUUGUGUUUGGUUAGAUAUUUUAGUGCUGAAUGAAGUGAAGGUGUAGAUGUCUUUCAGGGCUACUGUAGGUAUCAGCUGUGUGUAGAUGUGAAUGAGAAGCUUGUUAAAAAUGUGAAACUCUCCAUGAGGAUGAUCCCUGUACACACACAACACGAACAGACAGGUCAACCAAUCACUGAGCAGAGGGGGCGGGUCAAUUGGAAAUGAUGUUAGAAGUGAAAUUAUCACUUCACCUCCUCAUAUCUACAACAAACACUCCUUCUCCUUUUCCUCCUUCUCCUGCAGUAUCUCAUUUAUUCUCUGUGCAGCUCAGAGUUAUUAUUCCUUCACAUUACAACCCCCCCCCCCCCAUCCUUUGCGUAUGGCGAUUUCAGAGCCUUUCUUUCGUCUCCUCCUGAUCAGAUUGAAGCAGAGGAAAUUACAUUCGCUCUCCUGUGGAGUUACAAAGCGCUCCGUCUGAAGGUUCAGAGGAUCUGCUCAGUCAGAGGAUUUCAGCUGUUCAAAGGAGGAGAGCCACAGAGGUCAAAGGUCGAGAUAACUUAUUCUGUCAGAUAAUUAGCUGUGGGGUUUGCGGUUUCUGCUGCAGAGGACAGAAUAGGAGGGGGCGUGUUAUAGUCGGGUAAAUGUGCUGACUGAUUCACGCUCAGGCCGGUUCCUGGUGUCUAGUCACGUCCUGAAGCCUGAACUCAGACGUCCUCUCUGUUCCUGUCAGACUGAAAGAGACACUUGGAGUGUUUUUAUUCAGAGUUAAAUCCCGGAUAAACCUGGGCUGAUAAUCAGGAGGACAGAGAGCUGGGGCUGAAUGUUUAAAGGCUCUGAAUCAGAGCAAGGAGACCAACAGAGAGGAAUCUGUCAGUGAGGAGACCAUCAGAGAGGAGUCCGUCAGAGAGGAGACCAUCAGAGAGGAGUCCGUCAGAGAGGAGUCUGUCAGUGAGGAGACCAUCAGAGAGGAGUCCGUCAGAGAGGGGUCCAUCAGACUGCAGACCGUCAGAAAGGAGUCUGUCAGGGAGGAGUCCGUCAAAGAGGAGACCGUCAGAGCGGGGUCUAAAGGAGGAGUCUGAUGAAGGAGUCUGAAGGAGAGGACAGACUCCUUUGUCUCUCUGACCGUCUAAUCUGUGAAGCUCCACAAUAAUCUGCAGACUCUUUUCAAACUAAUCUGGAAUCACUUUCUCUCGCUCUCUCUAAAUCUGGUCCUGCUGAAAUGUUAAAUCUGCUCCCUCUGACACUCUGAGGGGAGGAAACUUGGAGGUCAUUAUUAGUUCACAUGGUACAUUGAGCAGAAACGCCCUCACUCCCUCUUUUUCAGUGAAAUAUAGUCACUGAUGAAACUUUAUGAUGCAGAUUUUUAACUUCUCAGUCCGUCUCUUGAAGAACCUCUGAGGACAGUUUGUAGUUUAAGUGUGUGAGGGGUUUCCUCAGCAGGGAAAAAGGAACUGAAGAGGUGUGUGUGUGUGUGUGUGUGUGUGUGUGUGUGUGUGUGUGUGUGUGUGUGUGUGUGUGUUUAAAGAGACAGAGUUAAUACAACGAGUUUCACUCAGAGGCUGGAGUAAUAAUGUUUGUUUGAUUUGAAAACCAUGUAAAGAUAUUAAAGAGGAAUCAGAGAGGAACAAUAGAGUCUGAAAUGUUGCAUUAUACCUCUUCUCCUUUAAACAUCUAGAAAAUAAAUCUCUUCAAAUAUACCAAAUAUAAACUAUGAAGAAAAAACAUGAUCAGAUAUUCUGAGUGAGAGGAAACAGUUUUCCAGGCUGCAGCACCUCCCAUCUUUCAGAAGAUCCAAGAACAGCUCCUGCAUUUCUUCUUUAUAGCCUGACAGGGUAGUGCUGGACGAUAAUUCGAUAACAAUAUAUAUCGAUCGAUAGACGUGUGGUGCGAUAGAAAAAAAACGGGUCGAUAAAAAGUUCGAUAGAAAAACACAGUUUCCCUUUCUUUUUCAUCAUAGCCUAUCAUGUAGCUUUUACUACAGUCAUUACUUCCUCCUAACCAAUCACAAACGCAGACCCAGGUACGCUACGGCACCAAGCCCAGCCCCUAUCAAACCACAACAGACAGCACGUGUAUUAGAAAAAAUGAUACAGCACGGAGAAGCGGAGUACAUUGUCCCGAAAAAAGGUUUCAGUAGUUCACCAGCAUGGCAAUGUUUUGGUUUUUAGAAGUCUGACAAAAAGCGAACAGCGGUCGUUUGCAAAAUUUGCGGAGAAUUAGUAAAAACCAAGUCUGGUAACACAACCAACCUGUUUUACCAUCUAAACCGAUCGCACCCGCAGGAGUACGAGCUGUGUCGGCCGCGCCGCGGCUCCACGUCGUCGUCGGAGGAGGAAUCCUCUGGAACCGCUGCCAGCACCAGCACAAAGCAUGUGAAGCAGACCAAACUGGACUUUGUUUCUUGCCAAAAUACGACAAAGCGUCCGAGCGGCAUAAGGACAUCACCCAUGCAGUAACAUGCUCCAUAGCGAGGGACAUACUGCCAAUAACUACCGUUGAAAAGCCUGGCUUCGACCAGCUUCUAGCCACUCUCGACCCGCGAUAUGAAGUGCCCGGCCGCAAGUAUUUCUCAAACACAGCGCUUCAGGCAUGAAAAUGGGUCAGGGGUUGAAAAGGUGAGAAGGGUGCGGAGGAAAUACGUUCAAAUGAGCUCAUAUUUUACAAAGACGCGAGUAUUUGGAUCAUGGCUACUAGCAGGGGGUGCAUUCGGCAGGGGUGCAUUCUACGACACAACACCGGCGUGGAUAAGUCCUGCUUCUCGUGCUUAGUUUGUGUAUUAAGUCAAUCACAUGAUAAUUAAAAAAAAUAAAUCUCCCGACCCCGGGAGAAAUAUUUAAGUGUUCAGACACCAGGCUGUGGGCAGUUUCCCACACAGUUAAAACUGGUAGUAUGCUAUUCCCACCUAAAGCUAUUCUGUUUAUUUAUAUAUUUGUUUGUUUUGUUUAUUUUCAUCAAAAGACUAUUUAAAUAUUUAUCAGAUUUUCUGGUCACUUUAGUCUUUAUGUUUGUCAGUAUUUACUGACGUCACUCAGGCCACUUAAGUUGAUUUCUUUUUUUUUUAGUUCUUUUUUAAAAAAACUUUCAGUUGUGGUAAAAUGAAAAGGUGGUUGAAUAAAGGUUUGAAUUUGAAUUCAGUGCUUGUGUGUUCUUUAUUAAAAGUAGGUCAUUAAGCAAUAGCAUAAAACAUCCAGGGCUGCAAUUAAAAUAUAUGUUAAAUAAUUAUAAUAAUUAUAUCGAUAAUUAUCGAUAUCGAUCAAUAUGAUUUAUUUUUUAUCGAUAUGCUUUUUUUCUAUAUCGUCCAGCCUGACAGGGUCUAUAAAACUUCAUAUUCUCAGAGUUUAACAGCUAUGUGUCCAAAUGAUUUGUGAAAACAGUCAGAUACCUUCUGCUCUGCUUGUUCUGAUCUACGGUGGUUGGUAGGGUCAAUCAGCCUGAAUAAACAGUAGAGAGGAAAGUUUAAAAAAAAAAUCGGUCUGACUGUAUAAGAAAGUCAACUCUGUCUGACUGUAUAAGAAAGUCAAACAUAAGUACCUACAGGAGGACUGCAGAGAGUUUGUGGUCCAAACAUGUCAGGGUGAGAGAAAAUACUACAUUAUUACAAGAAAGUUUGAACUGGAUGAUGCUGUCAGGGUUCGAGAGAGGCCAUGCAGAGCCGCCCCAUUCAUUUAUUGAUGUUUAUCCCCUUUAUUGGAUAUGCAGCACUUUUCUUGCUGUCGUCUUCAUGUGUUUCAGUUUUCUGAAGAAUCUUUGUUAUUAGUCGAGAGUAGAGAGAGAAACAGAGAGAGAGAGAGAGGGCUGUAUUCUCAUAUAACACUGACCCUGUGUGUGUGUGUGUGUGUGUGUGUGUGUGUGUGUGUGUGUGUGUGUGUGUGUGUGUGUGUGUGUGUGUGUGUGUGUGUGUGUGUGUGUGGUGGACCAUAACCCUGUGAUCCUCAGCAAGUGUGUGUUCAAGAAAGAUGAAGAGGAGGUGGUUCUGUCCAUUCUGUCCAUGCCCUCACGCACACUCGCACACACACACACACACACACACACACACACACACACACACACACACACACACACACACACACACACACACAGUACUGUGAUGGUAACCAGAGGAGACAAACCAUCAUCAGUGAUUCAACAUGUACGAGCGUCUACACACAGCACAGAGCGUGUGAAUGGUUGCUAAGCAACAGGAUUAGCCAGCAGCCAGCAUCCUUUCCCGGGUGAAAGAAGAAAGACAUAGUGAGAGAGAGAGAGAGAGAGAGAGGCUGUGUGUGUGUUUACUCUCACAUCAUGCUGCUGGUAGAGUUAUUUUGUUACUUUAUUACUUUGUUACUUUAUUAUAUUCUUAAUUAGUUUGUCAAUUUCUUAAAAUUGUAAAUGAAGGACCUGUUUUUUAAAUGUAAAUGAAUGGAGAUGGUCUGCAGGCCCCACCCCUCAGAGUUACUGGACCUUUGGAAAUACUACUUCCCAGAGGAAGGACUUUGUAGGGGGUAGAUCAACUAUUUGGAGACGACAUUUGAAGCCUCUGGACCCUGCGGCAUUCCUUCAAAGGUUCCUUGUUUGUAAAAGUUCCUGUCAAAAAGCACCUUUAAUCCUGGCCAAACCUUUCUGUUGUUUCUGAUCCUAUCUACAGCCUCUAGGUGUUUUGGAUAUGGAGAUUUUUGUUUGAAACAGGACUUCAUUUUCUCACAUUCACUGCACAUGGUGGCGUGGUGAGACCUUUUUUCACCGUUUUUGAAAUGAUUAAUUGAUUGAUUAAAAACAUCUUUGACAGACAGAAUGAUGUUUGUUUUCUAUGAGCGCAGGAGCUCUGUAGUCCAACCUCUCUGUCUGCUGUUCCUCUCUGCAGCUCACAAUCAGCUCCCCACUCUCGAACAGACGUUUCCCUCUUUCCCUCAGGACACACAGCUACAAAGGCAGCUGUUUGACUCUGGUCACAGUCAUUUAGUCAUGUAGUCAGAGCUCUGUGUUGUGUUAUUUUGCAGCUGCAUGCUCCAGACUGCAGCACCAGCUUCUAUUGUUUCCCAUGAGAAUAAAGAGGAGUACAAACCUCAGUGUUUCUGGUCUGACAGAGGCAGACAUGAAAAGUAAAACAGGUGAAUAAGUGAAUGUAAAACAGGUGAGUGAAUGGAGCCUGUGUCUCAUCUUUUCUGCAGUCUGCACAGCAGCAGCUGCAGUAUUGCAGGCUGUUUGGAUCAUUAACAUGCAGGCCUCUGCAGCCUGAUAUCACGGCCAUCCGUCUGUCUCAGCUGCUGCUAUCUGCUCGGUGCAUGUCCAACAUUUCUCUGUUCAAAUAAAGAGCAGGGGAAAGCCUCAGCUCUGUGUUAUUAUCAGGCCUCACACUAAGUCAGUUUAAAUGGUCGCCCCUGUUCAAUUGUGCAGUGAUUACGCCUCCUCAAACAGCAGGAUGGAGUGGAACCUUUGAGUCCCUGUGUGAGCGAUGCAGGCUAACGCUGCUCUUCAAACACUGAUGGCUUCCCAAUAAACUGAUGGGCUGAUUCCCUCAGAGCCCCACAGACCCCAUCCGAUCCUCCAGAGCCACGCUGCAGUUUGGGCAUAUAAAGACUCAGAAAGAAACCUCUGGGCUCUGUAAUCUAAACUCUAUUUGUAGAACUUUAGGUUCUUGAUGUAAUAUUGGAUUUAUUUACUGGUUAAAGGCCAUCUUUUAUAGAUGCGUCCCAUUAGGGGAGGUCUUGACCGUGUCGAGCUAACUGGUCUAAACUGCUUUGCUUGUCUUUAAAGUCUCUCUUAGUCGUCUUUUAGUCUCAGCUGUUUCCUCUCUACAAAGCUGAAGGCUUGGGAAAACAGCGGGAAGUUUGGAUGUUUUUAGGACGUCAUCGUAGCUGUUAGUGAUCCCCACUUCACUGAGGACUCCUUUGGAAAAAAAAAACAAAAAACCUGAAACCUGGAGUUGGUCAUCUAAAAAGACCGUCCUGAAGCUCAGAGACACAAACUAUAAACAACAUUUCAACAGCAGAGGGUGGAACUGCAGCUAACAGAUAAUUUGGAGCUAACAUGGGAGCUAACAGCUAGCCUCAAACGUUUUUUUUUUAAUAAAGGCUAAACUUUAGACUUGUUUCCUGACUACAUAACUGUGUAAAAAAGUGUCUGACUUUUUAUCAGAGUUAAAUCAGCCAAAUGGAGACUUUCAAGGAGGUGCUGAAUAGAGCUAAAAUGAGGGUAUACACAGACUACAGUAGAGCGAUAAAGCAGGAGUUUUUAAAGCUGCUAAUCAUGCUAAGCUAAUCUACAGGUGACCCAGACUGACAGAGGAGGGAUGAAACUUUGUUUAAUAAGUUUUAAAUCGUUUUCCUCUGCAGGCCUCUAAACACCCAGAGUGAGGGUUCAGAACAAAGUGAAGGAUUUUUGUUAUUAUUCCUCAUCAUUUAAAUGAAGCUCUACCACAGAAAAACCUGUUGUCUCGUCUGUUUGGAUUCAGCUUUUUAUUUUUGUAUGCAGUGUGCAGUGAACCCCCCAAUAAUAUAACAGUGUGUUAAAUAUUAGUUUGAAAGGUUUGAAAGUCAUUUAAAGUCAGAACUUCAUUAGAAAUGGUGCAAAGACGAAUGUUAAAAAAUCAGCUUUUUUAAAUCUAUUACUGCAACAUGUUUAAAAAGAUUUUAGAGGGAGUGGAUUUCAUCAUCUACAGAGAGUGUGUGAGCUGAUAAUUCAACAGUUUCAGGAUAAUGUUUCUGAGUGUCAAAUGGGAAAGAAUGAGUGGAUUAUAUCAUCUAUAAAAUAUAAUAGCAUUAAAAACAGACAGGACUCUAAAGUGGAAAUCACUGCAUGAACACAAUCCAUCACUGCAAAGGAGACUCCUGACUCUGUUUGCUUCCUCUCUUUGCUCCUCCUCUACUCUGCGCUGCUGGAGCCUCAUUGGUUAACAGAGCUGUCAAUCAUGGUGUCAAACGUGUGUCCACUCUCCCUGACUCUCUCUGAUGUUUCUCCUCUCUGUCUGUUUUCCAGGUUGACUGAUGGAGCUGUCUGUCCUCCUCUUCCUCACUGUGUUGCCCUUCCUCAGCGUGUCAGCCUCUAAUACAUCAGCUGGUAAUGACUCAGUGUGUCUCUGUGUGUGUUCCUUUGUUUGUGUGUUGUUAUGAUGUGUACACAUGUUGAUGUCAGGACUUAAAUAUGUACGUCUCAGUCUGAACGUGUCCUCGGUUGAAUUUGUGUAAAUUCAUGUUCACUCUUCUUCACUCCUUCUUCAGCAAGGAUGUUCAGGACGCUUGGCUCUCUGGUGUUAAUUAUUUUGAGGCCCUGUGUAAUGUCUUUAAUGGACAUCAGUUUUAUGACCAGGUCAAUUUUUCUCCACCUUCUGUCCAAGUUUUCAUUAAUGACUAACUCUGAAGUUGAACAGUGUUUUCUCUUAGAGCUGGAGUCAGUGUAAAUGCUGAUUACAGACCCUACAGCCUUUAUGUUCACAGCCAGGUCUCCCUCUGGUGUCCUCAGACUGUCCAGCUGAUGGAAACAGACCUGGAUAUGUGUGUCUGACUCAGGUUUAGACUGUCAGGGUCUCUGUGAGUCCCCUCAGUGUUAUCAGUCAGCUCUAGCAUCAAACCACUGCCUCAGUCCCAGCAGCUCCAUUUCCUCCUCUAAGAGCAUCUCUGACAGGCAGACUGAUCCUCCGUCUCAAAGCCACGGGCGCUGAGCACUCUGAUGAAUAUUUGCUGUAAACGCAGCGUGAUUAUUACCCGGCUUUUAUCCUGAGCUCUCAAUCUGACACUAAUGCAGGCGAGCAGACGUCUCCUCUCUGAGACUCAGGCCUGUCCACACAGCUGCCAGCUGCCUCCCCUCUGUCCUCUGCUGAGGGGCGGUCUAUGGGGGAGUCUUUGGGGGGGAUGCAGGUCUGUGAUUGUGUUUGGUAGUGGAGUCACGUCUGCUGGUCUUUCCUGGACUCUGCUCAGAGAUGUGCUGCCUGUUUAGUAAUUAGGCUUUAACACCCGGAGUGAACCUCAGAGAGAGGACUGCACACACACAGGCAUACACACAGGUAGAGUGUGUGUGUGUGGGGGUGGGGGGGUUUAGUGAGACUCAGCAGUCAUUCAGAGUAAAACACACCUGUGAUGUUCCUUCAACAAAUGAAGCUUUCACUGUAAAAUACCUGCAGAGAGAUGACGCGCUGCUUCCCCAGGACUCCACAGCUGUGUGUGCGCGCGUGUGUGUGCGUGUGUGUGAUGGUGAUACACACAACUGUAAUAUUCUGCAGGUAUUCAUUAACCCUCUGCAGUCUCACCUCUACUACCAGCUCUGCAUGAGAAUACAGGCUCUGCAGGAGGAAUAGUGGAUCGAGGGAUGUUCCUCUCUUGGCUCUGACUCUGGUUUGUGGACUUUGUCAGAUACCCAUCAAGUCGAAACUCAUCAGGGGGCCCGAGCUGUGGACUUAGACUCAAACCUACAUGGAAUCAGAGUCAACAUAUUGGUAAAACAGAUUAAAAGCUGACGCUCUGUGAAAAUCAGACGUCUGUUAUUCUGCAGCUUCAUUUUGUCCUGUUGUAAUGUUGCUCCCAGCUUUGGGGAUCAAGAAGAUUCUUGCUUUGCAUUGUAUUGUACUGACAACAUUCAACCUUCUCACUGUUUUCUGUUGUCUUUGUCUUUGAGAAGAGAAAACAGCUGAGACUGUCCUGGUGGGCGUGUCCUUUGACAGUGUCCUGAUAGAUUGACAGAGUGUGAUGUCAGGUUCAGGACAGGUCUCUCAUGGAGACGUCAGGGACUUACACUAGCAUGUGUUGUAACUCCUUUAAAGCAGCAGGCUGUUGUCCACAUGUGAAUGAUUUCAGGGUUAAAUAAAGAGUCACUGAAUUCUCAGGCAGAUCUUUAAUCCAACAUGCUCAGAAAUCAUCCUCUAACAUUUCUUGUGAAGGUGGACUGCAAUAAAAGGUUAUGUGAGGAUUUCGCUGUAUUAACAUUCAGGUUUAAACAGAGACUCUGUUCCUUCACUGGGAUUAUUAAUAAAACAGGACUCAUUGGGUCUUAUAAUGUCUGUCCCUCUUCUGGAUCCAGAUAUCAGAACAUGUAAAUGUGAGUCCUGGCUGUCAGGCUCAGCUGGCUCCAUUAACGCUGCUCUCCAACCAUGAAACUGAAACUGUUCGUGGGAAACAGUCACUCAAACGACACAUUAGCAGCAGCAGCAGCACAAACCUCAGAAAGACACCGUCCUCCAGAGGAAAACCACUGAAGCUGCUGGUCCUGCACACUGAGCUGAUAAAAGAACUGAGAGUGCCCUCUAGUGGUGGAGUGCUCAAAUCAGCAGCGAUGUCUCUUGGUGCCUUUAAAAGCCUUUCCUUGUGUUUGGCUUUAGGAUUUGAUUGAUACCCUGAGUCAUGUUUUCAUGUCAGGAGCAGAAUGUUCUGAUUUCUCUGAGUUUUAUUGCUGAUCACACAUUAAUGUGAAAUCCAGAGUGACACUUAAAAAAAAACCCUAAAAAAGAGCCCUGUAUUAUGAGACAUGUCAGCCUGAUUGGAUGUUUAUGGUACAGAAAGCCAAUCUGUCAUUUGAAAGAAUUUUAGCAGCAGGUUAGUCCACAUUUAAAGCUGCAGGGUGUUUGUAGCAGCAGGACGGAGAGUGUAAAUAACAGCAGUGUCUCUGUGUUCAUAAUGAUAGAGAGUAAGAGUGUAGUUCACUGACACACAGUCACAGUAGAUGUGCACGGAUCUGCAGAAUGCUGUUUGGUUGUUUUUUUCUGUUUGACUUCCUCUAAGUUAAAUUUCCUGGUUGUAUUUGUGAUUAUUAAAAUACGUCAUAGGGAGGUCUAACCUCAGGGGUCACACACUGAAGCUGCUGACCCCUCACACACAUCAUGAACUUGUUUAUAAUGAAGUGACCCAGACAGAAUCCACUGACACUGUGUCAGCUCCACUCAGACGAAAAUAAAAUCAGAUUUUCUUACUUCAAAAUAACUGAAAUCUCUGCGUCUGAGGAUUUUUUACUCUCCUCUAGUGGACGCUGCAGGAACUGCAGUUUUUCACACUGAUUGUUUUCAGUCUUAGAGGUUACAGUUUGCAUUCAUUAAAAUGAAAAUGUUGAUUUUCUUUCUUAUCUGAUUUAUUUGUGUGUGUGUGUGUGUGUUUCAGGUUGUGCAAUCAUCCGUCCUCCCAGAGAUGGAGGGAUCAGGUACAGAGGACUGACUCAGGAACAGGUGAGAGGAACACCUGUUUACACAGAAUAAUCAGAAUACAGACUCAGUCUUUUUCAUCAGACUACAUUUAUCAGGACAGCAGAGCAAUGGGAAACAGCUUCAGCCAAUCAGAGCGCAGCAAAAAUCACAAACAGGAUCCAGUGUACUGAAGAAGUGAAUAUAAUUUAUAUUUAUGUGUGUGUGUGUGUGUGUGUGUGUGUGUGUGUGUGUGUGUUUGUGUGUAGAUCCGCAGUGUUCAGGUGCUCCCUGUGGAUUAUGAGAUCGAGUAUAUCUGCAGAGGAAACAGGAUGAUCGUCGGGCCGAAAGUCCGGAAGUGUUUGCCCAAUGGCACGUGGACCGACCUGAGCCAAAAGAGCCGAUGCUGUGAGGGACACACACACACACACACACACACACACACACACACACACACACACACACACACACACACACACACACACACACACACACACACACACACACACACACACACACAGAAAGAAACAUCCAUGCCCUCAUCUUUUCAGUCUGUCAUUAGAUUUAAACAUUUAUCUUGUUUUGAGUUUUUUUUCCUUUAAACCUCUAUAAUUAGUUAUCAUGACUUAUCAAUGGGAUCUGACUUUGCUCAGAGUUUACAUGUAAACUCACUUCAUAUUCUCCUCCCUGAGUUUGCUCUGGUUCCUCCUUCUUUAGUUUGGACAGUUUUUUUUCUUGCUAAAUUCUCUGUCAAAAGUUCCCUUUGCUCUUAUAUUAGCUUUACCGCUAAUAUCUCUGUUUUUUUAGAUUUUAAAAGAGCAGACUUUUAUUUUGAAAUCCCUGACCUCAUUUAAAUGUUAAAUUACAUCAAACCUCUUUGAUUUUUGACUAAAGAACCAUCUCUGUCUCUGUCCGUCUGUCUGUUUCUGUCUGUCUCACUGUGUCUUAGUGCUGGUGUGUCCUCGUAUGUGGACGUCUCUGGAGAAUGGUUGGGUGUCCUCGUGGCCCCCGGGGCCCCCUGUAGAGGGGACGGUGCUUUACUACAGCUGUCUACCCGGCUUUAUCCUAAUGGGACGAAACUCGUCUCAGUGCAACAAGAUGGGGAAGUGGGACACACCGAAACCCGUGUGCCACUGUGAGUCACAUGACUGUUCUGUCACAUGACUGCUCUGUCAUAGCACAGGAGGUCAGGGCUAAACUCAGGGAAAUAAAAAUUACAGUAAUUUAUCGAUAGUUUAAUAGUUAUGUAGUUUUAUAACUCCUGAAAAACACUCGCUGCAUCACGUCAUCUAAAAACACCGUAAGGGUGAAAAAAAAAUUAUUCAACUUGUAGCAAAAGACUUUAAUUCACAAAAAUAAAACAGGUAAAAAUUAUUAAAACAAGCUUUUAACUGAUUAUUUUAUAUCAGGGACUCCGGCAUUAUUAUUUUUUUUAAACUAGCUUAAAGAUCCUGACAAAAGCUGGAGUCACAGGAGUGACCGAAUUUAUUCAGUUUGAACUAAAAACAUUGGAAAAACCCUCAGAUUUCCAAGUGUUUUUGUUUUUUAUAGCAAAAAAAACGUUUUAUUUGUUUCGACAUUAACCUGACAAGUCCUGAAAAAAGUGUUUUUGUAAGAUAACAGGAUAACUUUACUUUUCAAGUCCCUUCACUGAGGAACAUUUGCAAGAACUUUUUCUUAUUGUCUUACUUUUUCACUCAGUUAAAGUUGGUCACAUGUCAUGAGUUUCUAGGUGUGUUCAAUCCUGAAAUAGAUAAUUAAGGGAUAAUGCUGAUUUUAAUAAUGCUCGUUAUCAAAAGCCGAGGCUUUGAAGGUUUUAUCCACCAUCUCACAGCUUUAAAUUCCUCUCAGUCUUCAGCCGUAGUCUGAACUCAGAUCUUUACUCAAAGCUCAUAUGAAGUGAUGAUGAGGAAACUUGCAUGAAUAUAUUUCUGUGAGCACAUUUCUGACUGUGUUUCCUCUUUCUGUACACAGAUGAUCGACUCUACAGAGGUAAGAACUUUUCUGUUUUUCCUUCUGAAAACAGUAAAUGGAUUUUAGGGCAGACAAAUGUGUCUGUACAUGUAUCAGCCAGUAGAUUUAACGUGAGGUUUCUGAACAUGACAGAGGAGGAAGCGGAUUACAGUCUCUGCUGUGAGGCUGCAGAAAAAAAAAACAAAUAAAACCUUAAAAAAGCCAGAAUAAACGCUGAAUAAACGCUGAAUAAAACCUCCCCCUGAUGGAUGCUGAUGAUCAGAGAUUGGUUUGAAUGCUUUAGAUAAGUUCAUCUGUCAGCUGGUUUGCAGAGACAUGGACCUGUUGGACUGAGGAAUUGAUGUUAAAGGUUAAAAACUCUGGACUGACUGUCACCUCAGAGACCACUGUCUCUGUUCAGACACUAGAUGGCAGUAUGGCUCUGUAUGACUGCCUUCGCUCUGAUAUUAGAAAAAAAGCAACAGCAGCUUUGCUCAGGUGUGGCUUAAUGAGUCCUCAGGUCCUCGAGUCAUUGUGUUGAUCAGCUGAUGUCUGAGGACCUGAAUGUGUCCUCUCUGACGUCAGUCCUCGCUCUGAGCUGUGAUAGAUGAGCUGUCAGAGGACAGAACCGCAGGUACACAGGUGGGGCCUGAUUAAAGGGGUGGGAUAAGGGGGGGUGUAUGUCUCCUCUUUCCAGACAUCAGUGUUUAGAGUCAGUCUGAGUCUGAAUGAGGAUAGACUUUCAUCCUCCAGCUGAGUCCCUCUGCUCUCUGACUCUAAAGGGCACUGCUCUGUCUCCAUCCUCUUUCCAUCUGUCCUCUGUUUGGACAGAGUGAAAACUUGAUAACCUAACAUGUUGAACAGACCUCUCUCAUGCCCUCAUGUCCACAGUAAGAGACAGAUUUCACCUCCCCCUGUGUAAUGUCCACAGGUGGACCUCAGGGCAGGUGGGCAGAGCCUUUAACUUUUUUCAAAUCUCAGAAAUAUUUUGCUUUCUGUUAAACUUUUGGGGGUUUUGGAGUGUAGGGACUCUGGCGGUGCGGUGUAGGUACUGUGAAGGUACUGUGUAGGUUCUUAGUGUAGAUACAGUGGAAGUACAGUGUAGAUUCAAUGUACGGUGUAGGUACUGUGAAGGUAUGAUGUAGGUACUGUGUCAGUAUUAUGAAGGUUUGUUGUUGGUUAAAAAACUAGAGGGCAUUUUGUUGUUAUUCAACCUCCGAUAGAGCAGCUACUGAACCAAUUUUCAUACAAAGGACAGAGCCGAACAUUUAUUAUGUUUUAUUUCCAUCAGAUCAGAGGAGUGACUCCCUCCAUGCUCCAGUUCACCCCUGGCUGAGUCAGAUAAUGUGACUCAGAGGGAAAUAUUCACCUGUAGGGAGUGAAAGCAGCACUGAUUUAAUACAGAAACUUUAUUGGUGACUCUGAUUCAGGUGAAAUCAGCUCCUGAUGACCAGACCGUCUGAUGAUCAGAGUCAGAGAAGCAGCGGAUAGUCUUCUUUUUCUUCUUCCUCUCUGAUCCUCGUUAUUAAACUCAGUGAAUUAUUCAUAAAGCUAAUGAAGCAGAGGUCAAAGGUCACCUCAGCCCUCAUUGGUGCACUGAAACACUCUGAGUGUGAGCUCACUCUGCUGCUCUGUAAAAAAAAAACCUCACCUGACGGAGACGCUCUGUGUCCUCUAAAUGUCUGCCGCCAUCCACUCAGAGGGCUUGUCCCUUGCUGAUGACAUCAGCUGCCAUCUGCUGCAUGUAGCCGUCAUGCUAAUAAGACACAGCGUUUUCCAAUGCUUUGACCUUGGCCUAAGGCUUCAGGUGUACAUUUUACCUGGAUUGUUAUAUGAAUUGUAACACACAUCUAUUAUGUUCACAAACCCACUCUGCAGCAUAAAAGUGAAGGAUAGGAGAGCGUGGGGCUCCUCUGAAGACUCUGGUCUAGACUCUGCGUGUCAGCUGCAGUGAUUUCUGUAUCUGUGCAAUAAAGAUGCUCAGGCUGCUCUUCAGACCUCAUUCUGUCUCCUGUGCAUACUGCUAUUUAUAGUGUAAUGAAGUCUUCACAGAAAUUUAGAACAAACUAUUUACAGAAAAACUGAGGGAUGUGUAACUGAUGACUGCAGACCCCAUCAAACCAUGGAGAGCAGAGAGAAAAAUGCAGCUCAGCUCAAAAUAAAUUAAACUGUUUACAAAACUCUCAGACAGAAACCCCUUUGUGGUUUGCGUAGACCUCUUGAGCCUUAUUGAUUUGAGUUGUUCUCGGUCUCUCGGUUUCACUCGAAGAGUCUCUGUUUACCCAAUCAUAGUCUGUCCUCAGUCUGUCCCGGUGCAGCUCAGGGUCUCAGCGCUGUCCUUUCUCUGCUCUUAAUAAAUCUGUGAUUUAUCAGCCUGUCAGUCCCCCCUCCUCGUUUACCUGAGAGGUGCAGGUGGAUUAAGAGGCUGAGGGUACAGGGCUGAGGUGUGAUCUGGGUCCAGAGGUCCAGGACCCUGACUGGCUAUAACCAGGGAUGAACAGGCUGUAGGUUAACUCUGCCUGAGGAGGAGCAUGAUGAGCUGCUCUUUAAAGGGUUAAAUCAGGCAUCAAUGUGGAAGGUGGUGUGAAGGAGAACCCUUGAAGGUGUCCAGUGAUGGAGAACCUCACUGCUGUUUUUACUGCAGAGCUUCUAGAGCUUUUCUGUAGUCUUAACAUGAAAAAACAUUCACUCUUUGAUAAAUAUCUGCAGUGUUUGUUGGUCCACAUAGCUGUAAUACCUUUAAUUUAUUCAAAGUAUAAUUAUGACUGCAGAAAGAAAGUAUCUUUUCUGGAAACGUCAUCUGUAUGAAACAGUAUAAAUGUCGUGAGAGGAUGUUUGAUUUGGUCUGCAGUUUGUUUGGACCGAAUGAAUCAGAUGAGUGCUGCCUGCAGCGUCAUCAGUCAGACCAGCUGAUCCAAACAGCACUGGAAGCAGUAAACCAUCUGGGUCAGUCCACUUCUGCUCUGAUUCUGUCCCGUGUAAAAGGCUGAUCAGUUAGAAAACCUCCAGCACAGACUCCGGAGUACUUUGACUAAGGAUGUGUUUUUUGUUCCUAAUUUGACCCGACUCCCCACUCUGUCUGUUGGAUUCACGGAGCGCCCUGCACUGACAGUUUUUAAUGAACUUACAGGCUCAUAAAAGUUUAGCAGCUCAGUGCAGCUUGUUCUUGUGUUGUGUCAGAUUGUGGAGAUAAGCUGUCAGCACCUUUGCUGGGUGGAGCUGUGCUGUGCAUUCUGAUCCUGACUGGCAGACAGCAUUAUGGCAGCAGUGGAGGGAGUCUAAACUACAGCGUAGACACAAGUAGGGCUGGGCGAUACGGGAAAAAGUUUAUCAGGAUAUAUUUUUUCAUAUCAGUCAAUAUCGAUAUAUAUCAUGAUAUAAAAAAUGAAAUUUAGCAGUGCUUAUUGGUCCCAUAUCUUUUGCAAUAAAAUAAGCUACUGCAUCUGUGAGGUCUUUGUGUCUCUUCAACAUUUUGUUGUAAGGCGUUGUGUUAGAGAAGCGGACUGAAUGGUCAGCUGUUUUGGCUGCACAGGGCUCCUUGCUCCCCAUGAGGUUUGUAACCUUUUGCAUUGCGCAUGCUCUGCCGCAUGGCACUACUUAAGUGGUGAAAAAGAUUUGAGGUAUUUCCCGACUUUGUGAGAACAUGUACUCGACAUUAUUUGCAGUGCACAUUACUCUGCUUCACGUCCGACCUCAAAAAACCAAAAUACCUCCACACCACAGACGUUUUCAUGCCAGCGUUGUUGACGACGUAAUCAUCUGUUGAGCCGUCAUCUGUAUUUCUGCGGGGGGUAGCACUCAUUUUCUUUUUAUCUCACCAACAGUGCUGUCGGCUUCACAUGUUAAAGUGCUAUGGUUACGUGUAGCUGCAGUCUGCUACUACGCAGUUGUUUGCUACUUGGUUCUAAUUCAGCACAUGAUUGGUUCAGCACGAAACAGACCCAGAGAAACUCCCCUUUUCAUUGUCUGUUCAUGUAGUCUACCAAAACAUGGCAGAAUUCCGACUAUCGAAAAGCAUAUUGACCAUGUUUUAUAUCUUGAUAUUAAGGGAAAUUAAUCUUUGAUUUGUAUCGUUAUCAUUUUAUCGCCCAGCCCUACACACAAGGUAUGACAACCUUUCAGACCUGCAAUAAUGAAAAUGUUUCUGAUUAGUUUAGCUGACUAGUGACUCAACAGCGAGGGAAGAUUAUGUCACAAAAUUGUUGAGUGAACUACACACACAGAUGUCUAGUUUUUGCAGUGAACUUCAUAUGCACAGAAAGGAUUCUUCUCAAUAUUAUCUACAUACUCCUUCUAAAAAAACUAAGGCAUGAUUUUCUGCCCAGUUUGUGGUGCCCAAUAAACCAGACGGUGUUGUAUUUGCACAGUCAUGGAUCAAGUCCUUGGUGUUUUACAAGCAAACCCCAAAAUUACCCAGAACCUUAUUUGCACCAAAGUGUCCAGACAGCUACCUGCUUCUCCUGCAAACUCACUCCAAGAUGAUUAAAAGAGUAAAACCCAUCAAAAGAAACUGUCAAAGUGAGGUAAGAUGGAGCUGCAGCAGCUCUGCAGAGCUGUUUGGACAAGAUGACAGUCAGGAAAAUCACAUUAAUCCAGAGCCAAACACAUCAGCGGAGACAGCAAACAUCAGCAACGACAAUGUGCAAAUCACAAAGGGCAUGUCUAAAGAGGAAAGACUGUGUGACAAGAGGGACAGAGACCCCAUUCAGACCCUGGAAAACAUGUUAGUGAAGCGACAAAGAGUCUGACACCAUGAGUGAGAGUGAUGGAUGGUUUUAAAGAAGGAAAGCAGACACAUCUGUGGAGACCUGAACACAAACUAAAGCACAGAUAAGAGUCAGGAUAUCCACACAUUAAACGUGAUCAAGGUGUCUACCCUGGUAUCAGACAGGUACAGAUCCAAUCCAUAACAGGAUCAUGUAAAUCAAAAUAAGACCAGGAGCUGAAAUGUAAAUAUGUUCUGUUUAACACGGCUCUCCUCGAUAUCUGAAUAAAAUCAGUGAAGCUGCGGCAGAGUGGAGCAGAGAUCACAGUCACAGUGAGGCGAACUAAGGGAAACAGAGGAGCCAGAAAUAGCCCAACAGGUUGAGCAGCAUACCCGCAGACAGCCAGAGAGAUUAGAGAGUGUUUUAUGGAAGAGCUGCACAUCACAUUAAUGUUAUUACACCAGAGAGGGAGGAGGACCGGAGAGGAGAGACUGGCUGGGAGGGGAAGGAGAGGGUGAGAGAGGCGAGGGGUUGAUUGAUACAGAAUCAGAGGCAGAGCAAGCAACAAAGAGGUGUGAAGGAAAAAGCAGACACUCGGGGAGAAUGAGAUGAGGUGUUGAUGAGGAGAAAGGAGGAUGAUAGGGAGCAGAAAAAUGAGUCUCUCCAAGUCUGCACUGAUGCUCAUUAACCAGGAAUCACCUGUAGAAAAAGAAGAGACCAGGAGGAGAGACAAACCUGACAAACCUGCAGAGAGAAUAGUACUCAGAGACAGUCUGCAGGGUCUGUCAUAUAGAGGAGUCAGAUGGAGUCCUGCUCCUGCUGCCCUGACUCCUCCUCCUCCUCCUCCUCCUCCUCCUCCUCCUCCAGCACACUGUACAUCGCAUGGAUGAACUCCUGACUUUUAUUACUCUGAACUAUCAGAGUGUCAGGGAAGCAGAGGCUGGAAACAAGUUCAAGGUUCAGCUCUGGGGAUUCUGUGGACAUUUUGAAAUGAAGGAUAAGAGGAGGGUGACAUGAAGUGAGGACAGGCUGUUAUCACGACUGAGAGAGGCCACACUGAAAGAAGGAGACGUUGUCAGACCUCUGAGUCCACAGAGACCACGCAGUAAUUCAUCCUAAGCAUGAGUGAAGAGCAAACAUUUAGGUCCUUUAAUCCUGCAAAGAGACGCAGCUCUUUAUGAGCUUAUCUGUGGUCCAUGAGGAUAUAUGAAGAGAUGAAAACAAACUGAGCUCAGAGUUAGUUCAGGCAGGCCACAAAGUCAAGCUCUAGUCCUUAUAAAUCAGCUGGUUUUUGACACCAAAAUCAGCUGAUGACCUUUUGUCCUCAGAAGGACUUUUUCCCCAUUAAGAAACUGCUUAAUACACAUAAUUCUGCUUAUAACACUGCAGUCUUUCUCAUUGAUCAGUAAUUUUUUACAAAGUUUUGACUUUUGGUUCAUGAUUCUCUAUUUGAAAAUGAUGAUAUUACACUGUUUGUUGUGUCUAAUAAGUAUGCAGAUGAAACAAAACAAUGAAACAAUGAGCGUGGUCUACACCUGCUCUUUUUUGGAAAGCGCCUUGGGAUAAUGACUGUUGUGAGUUGACGCUAUAUAGAUUAAAUUUGAUUGAUUGAUUGAUUGAUUGAGAGGAGUGCCUUUUGCUCAUAAGCAGGGAGCUUUGAGGACAGAGCCAUACUACUAAAAAACCCCAAAGGUCUUUGCUGCUGCUCUCCUUGCCUUGGCUUUUUUUUGCAGCCAGCCAUUAUGCACGCACAUGAAAAGGAGGGGAAGUGUGCUCUUCCAGCCUCGAGCUUUGACGUUCCACAUUCAUGUGGAGGUGCAGGGAGCUCUCAGAGCAGAGACAUACUGUCAAGUAUGAGUGAUUGUGUGAGAACUGUGACUGACUGAAUAAUGAGGGUUUCACCCAGAGGGAGGCUAAAAAAGAGUGAAAGAUAAAGUUUCACUCAAACUCACUGAUGCUGUCAGAGGUGAGCUUGUACAUGUGAACACUCACAGCUAAACUUUGAUCAUCUCUGUAUCUUUUGGUUUUUCUCUGAAUCUGUGUGUCUGAUUUUGACACUUUGUUCAUUUUGAGCAGCACCUGCCGCAAUAUCGAAACAUCUUUAACUCUUUAUGAAAUGAAAAGAAAAGAACAUUUAAUUAAUUCCCGGUCUGGUUUUAGCUCUUUAAAGUCUGGAUUCAGUUAAUCUGACUCCUGGGAGUGCUGCACUUAAUUAUGAAUGUCUGAGCUGAUUAUGGCAGGAGGGGGAAAGAGGAGAUAAGAGUGUAAGGAAAGGAGACGCAGAGGAGCUGAUGAGGAUUUUUGGAUCUAGAGGUUUUUAGCAGCCAGGUUGAUGAGGGGUGCUAACAGCAGUGACUCUGACUGAUCUUUCAGACCUCAGUGAUGAUCUGCUGACCGAUGAUAUCACACGCCGUCUCGGGUCUUUGUAUUCCUCCAUCACUGCCGCUCUGUCCUCUGAGAGCUGCUGCUGAUGUCCUCUGAGUCCCGAGACGUUGAAUGAAUGUAAUUUAGAGUCAGACUGUGAAAACCUGAAGAGACAGCACGCCAUGGUGAGCUGAUAAAUCGAUCUGAGCUCUGAUGAAACGAGAGAGAUGAAUAUGAAACGAUGAAGCUCAUUUAGAGCAGAGAAACUGAGGGGGAGAAGGAGGAGAUGGAAGAGGAGGAAAGGAAGAUAGGGAGGAGGAGGAGGAGAAGGGGGAGUUAUCACGUAUUAUUCUGUCUUUGUGGCUGUAGCUCUUUGUAUGAAUAUAAACAAGAGUUUUAAUUGUUUAUCCCACUGAGGUUCAUCACCAUUUGGCUCUGAGGUAAAUGAAGCUAAGAAGUUCAACAUCUGCAGACACAGAAAAACACUAUCAGAUACAAUCCUCUCACCAUUAGACACACUACAUUCCUCUUUGCACUGUCCUUCCUACAUUUAUAACCUGAUAAUGUUUGUUCUGGUCAGUUUGUAUCCUCAGCUAAAAUAAUAUGAACGAAGAAAUAUUUAAAACAUUAAUGUUCUGGUAAUAAAGCCAUGAAACACAGCUGCACAGCGACAACAACAUACUGCAGAAAUACAGCCUGUGCAGUCAGUAAGUGUGUGCACACAUGGAGAUAAUAGUUUUUUUUCUUCUUUUUGCUGUUCCUGAAAAAUGAACCACAAACUGUUGUAAUCUGUUAUAACAAACACACUCAAGUGGAUAAUACGUGUAAUUUUUUUUAUUAUAUUAUGAAAAUUCACUUUUUUUAAAUGUAGCUUUUAUUUCUAUUCGCAGUUCAAUUUAGUUUAUUAUUCUGUUGUCCAGGUUUAUAAUUGCAUAAUUCUCACAUAUAUACUCUGUUACUUCUGCAGCUUUGCUCCUGAAUAACUGUGACUGGUUCAACAUGUUAAGCACAGUUUGUAAUACUAGAAUUAAUUAUCAUGUCAUUUGUAACCCUUUUUUUUUGUUUUGAUCGCUUGUUCACCAUCUUUCACUUUUUCUGUUCUUGAGCUGCUUUAAUAAGUCAGACUCCAUGUGGAGGAUCAAGAACUCAUAUUUGAUCUUCUUAGUAAAGCUGCACCUUCAGUAUAUUUACUAAAUCAAACAGUUUCAAUUGAUUAAGAGGAUUGAUCAGUUCGAAUGAAGUCUGAUCGAGACAUCAGUACCAGAGAUUAGACUGUAACUACAAACCUGUAAACUGUGCGAUCACUGCGGUGUGUUAAAGGUUCUCAGGUUUUACUCACAUCCGUCACAGUAUUUCAGGGCUGUGCAAGAGCUCUACACCUUCACUCAGUCACAACGAUAGUUUUCAUUGUUUUAAUCUGCCCCUCUCCUCUGCUCUCCAAAAGCUGCUUUUGUGGUUGUUGUUUUGUCAUGUUCUCUUUGUUUUUUUCAUAUUGUAGUUGUUGUUGUUGUUGCUGCUGCUGUAGGGUUGCAUUCAUCUCUACCUCUGUUGGGCUCAGAGCUCAUUUUUCCCUCCGCCUGCAGAGACCUUGGCAGCUUGUUGAGCCAAACAUGUCGCCCCGCAGUGCCGGAACGACCAGCUCUGCCAAACCGCUCUGUGCGACCAAUCACAGCGCAGGAAAAAUGAACUCAGGCCUGGGGUUGAGAUCUGCUCUCCAAGAUGUCCUUCAGUUCAGAGGGAAAUGAGGGGAAAAGGUUUGAGCAGAUCUGGUUGGUUUUACCCUCAUCUGCAGAUGCAGGUGGUGUGAGAUGUUAAAGAUGUGAGCAGAGCUGCCCGAGGAGAGACGCUCAGAGCACCAAAGCAGGAAAAACCAGCUCAGACCAAAGCUGGGAGACAUCCUGUCCUCAGAGUCUCAUUCAUCCAGAUCAGCUCUUUAGAUCAGUAUGUUUCUGUGGGCUCAGGGGUUGAAUCACAAACUCUCUGAGCUCUGCAGGUGGUCCUCUCCUGCUAACAGCCCCACACUCAGAUUAGCUCCAAACUCUGAUCUGCUAUCAGAGGAAGAGCAGAUCUGCACGCUCCAGGUCUGUGCGUUUGUUCUCUCCAUUCCUCUUAGUUGCUGCUUCAUUUCAGAGCCGACCUGCAGCUCCCACAGAGAAAAACACUGAAACGCUGAGAGGAACUCUGUAGACAAGAAGAACAGAGACGGCACACAGUCCACAGAGACACCAAAAGGACUGGAGCCAGAACCAGACUCAACACAGAAACAGAACUCUGACUUAUCCAGGACAAAUAAACAAGACACAACUAGCACAAGCCGGCAGGCAUGAGUUGGGUUUUAUCCCAGGGGACUUACAGUCUUUGAGGGACCAAGAUUUUGGAGGACUUGGCCUUUGUAGGAAAUGCCCUGGAUGAAAAGCUGCUGGUCUCACAAAGAGAGUGGAUUUGACUGUGUGCUGGUUCCACUGGAAAGUUUAAAGACAGUGUUUUGGACACUCCACCAUGAGAACUUCCUCGCUGUCAUGUGUGCUGACCCCUUCUUUGAUGCUUCAGGUUAUUGUUCUGCAGCCAAGGUCCUGAGACGUAAAUGUAGAACCCUGAAGCAAAAAAGCAGAGGAUGCUGAUAUCUUGGAAUAGUCAGAACUGGUUCUCAGUAAGGACCUGCUCAUGAGUCCAGUCCUUAUUUUUCAGACCCUUCAUGUUCAGUGACCUAAACCUGUCCCACUGCGCAAAGACAUGUUAAAACAACGUCUUUUCCAUGUCAUUUUUGCACAUCUAAUUUUGGUCUCCUGAAGGUGGAGACUGUUACUCCAGAUAACGUCGUUUAGUGAACGUCCAUUAAUGACGCCCACAGUAUAGGAGCUAAUUGCAGUCCAAAAGUGGUCUUUGUGGACAUCUUUUGGCUGGUUGUGUUCUCAUGUUUAGUGGGAUGUUUACCUAUUACCUGAGGACAUGGGGACAAAACAUAGAGAAAAACUGAGAAUGUUCACAAACAUGUGGCCUCAGACUGUGAUGUGUUAAAGCAGGGAUGAACCCAGAGCCACAGCUGACUGAGGAUAGGAGACUGAAUCACAGCUUCCACCCAAAAACCGUCUUAAAGCAGCCUCACCAGAUAGCAACUGCAGACUUGAUUGAAACAACUUGGCUCUCAGUAUUUCACUCCAAGUGCAGAAUAACAAACAUCUUCCUCUCAUUUUAUUUUUCUGUCCCUUGCUCUAAAACUCCUGUGGAUGGGAGCCAGUAAAUUAUCUGGAAAUAAAAAUUUCAAAGGUCUCUGCUGAUGUUUCCCAGACUGAGUUCCUGAGCUCCAUGUUUUUAUUCCAUCGUUUCUCUUUUUGUUCUGCUGUCAGUGUGUCUGUCUCUGCUCUCUGAGCUCUGCAUGACCACGAACGAAUGACAAUGUGCCGUCAGUCAGCCAACCAUGACGGAGAGAGGGUGGUGUGGAGUGGGGUGGUGAAGAGAGGGAGAGAGAGAGGAGGGGAAUGGGGAAUGGGGAGAGGUUUCCACUGUGAGAGGAAUACAAACACCCAGAGAGGUCCACAGUCCAGUUUUUACACUUUCAGCCGACUCAAUGGAGACAAACUGUUCUGACCCAAGUUAGCUCUGGUCCCAGUGAUGGCCAGGUUUUUGUUAGACAUGGUCUUGGUCCUUAUCCUGAUUCAAAUUACUACUGCUGUUUAUCAGCUAAACUUAUGAAGUGUUUCCAUGCCUGCUCACGGUGCAGGUUAGUGAGCAUGUUAGUGAAACAGUAGUAAACAUGUAAAUGAACACAUUAGUGAGCAUGUUAGUGAAAGUGCAAGUGAAUGUAUUCAUUUGUAAAACAGUAGAGAACAUGUUCGUGAACAUGCUCAUAAAAACUUAAGUGAACAUGUUAGCAAAAGUCUAAGUGAAUUUGUAAGUUAGUAAAACAGGAGUGGAUAUGUUAACGAACAUGUAAAUAAAUACAUGAGUGAAUGUGUUAGUAAAACAGAAGUGAACGUGUUAGUGAGUAUGUUUGUGAAACAGCUGUAAACAUAUUAAUGAACAUGUUAUUGAGGAUGUUAGCGAAACUGUUAAUGAAUGUGUUGGUAAAAUAGUCGGGAAAAUGUUAUUAAGCAUGUCAGUGAAACAGUAGUAAACAUGUUAAUAAACAUGUGAGUGAGCAUGUUAGUAAGAGUAUAACUGAAUGUGUAAGUGAAUGUGUUAGUAAAACAGUAUUGAACAUGUUAAUGAACACAUUAGUGAGAACGUUAGUGAAAGUGUUAGUUAAUGUGUUACUAAAACAGUAUUGAACAUGUUAAUGAACACAUUAGUGAGAACGUUAGUGAAAGUGAAUGUGUUAGUGAAACAAUAGUGGAUAUGUUGGUUCACUGUUCUGACCGUGUUAGAGGAGAGCAGCUGUGGAAGUGAAUGUGGAUUAGCAGCAUUACCGUAAAUAAUGCUAACAUGUCUGUCAUGUGUGGUUCUUCUCUGAAGCUCUCCUCAGGGAUGUGCAGCUCAGAAAAAUAUAGAAACCUUAAACUUAGAAAGACAGAAAGAGACUGAGGAAGAAUCUGAGGGAGAGACAGAGAGAGAAGAAAGAAAGAGAGAGAGAGGAGGUUUAAGAACCUGCAGCUCUGUUGAAUCUAUUUAAUCAAACUGGGAUUGUUAGAGCGUAUUUAUAACUUAACAUUAUUCAUAGUGUCAUCAGACAGAAUAUGCAGAGCUGGAGGAUUCACUUUUAGUUUUACUCCAACAAGGAGGGAAAAACUGUCAGAAAUAUAGACCAGAUCUGACAUCACUGAGGUCUGGACCUCACAGGCGAUGGAUGACCUUUACUUUGACAAGAAUCAAAGAAAUCCUGAAUAAGGCCCGAUUUAGAUCACCAGGGUUUUUCCGUGCUUCACAAAGACUCUGCCAAAAAACUGACUGUCAAAGAAGUUAAAGUUUUCUAAAUCUGUGUUUGUUUUUUUACUACGAAUGAACAAGAACUUCCCACUACAUGUCAUAAAAUUACAUUUAGUGUCCACAUCGACACUAAAGUUUACAAUGAGGUCUGUGGGACUGUCUCACGCUCUCUCUCUUCUAUACCUCUGAAAUACUCUCUGUUUAAUUAUCAGUUCAUUUAAUACUAAGCACCCUCACAUCUUGGUUGCAGCAUGUUAUCGAAAAGCUCUGAGAUAAACUAGAGUUGUCAGAGUAAAAUCUUGAUAAAAACUCAUAAUUGUUACAAAUAUUCACCCGGGAAGCGAGACAGUGAUGAUGUGUCUGUAUUAUCAUAUCUCAUUCACAUGUUGUAUGUCUGCAGAUCAGGAUCACGAGUGGACAGUCUAUGUUCUCGUACUCAGCUGGAUUUUUCAGUCUGAGCGCAGUAUUCAUAUAGUCAGGAUCAGUCAUCAGCUCUUCUCAGAGUGUUUUUAUUUUAACAUUGGCAGAGAGGAAACACUCCCAAAGGAUGAAGAGGAAUCACAAAAAUCAGACCUGGUGUAAGAAGCCGAGGGUGACGGCACAGCGAGGGGAUAAAAACAGAUCUGCAGAGAAACACGCCUCUGUUCGCUCUGCAGAUAAUCCCACAGAGACGGAGAAGCAGAUACAGAUCAGCCCACUGAAGAGCGAGAGAGAGAAGAAGAGAGAGGGGAGGAGGGGGGAGACGAAGGAAACAAGGGAGCAGGGAGAAGGAGAGAGGAAGAAAGAGAAGGAGAGAGAGAUGUACGAGAUAAAGAAAAAUCAGUGCAGUGAAAAUAAUGAGCAAAGCGAGAGAGAGAUCGGUGUCAGCUCAUCACCAUGCAGAUACAUUAUUAAAGAUAUACUCACAGAUACAGAGAGAGAGAGAGAGAGCGCACACACACUUACACACACACACACACACACUCACUCACUCAAAGUCAGAUAAAAUGGAGGCUCGAAGGAACGUGUGAGUGUGGGAGGCUGAGGGGGAGAGACAGAGUGAUUCAUUACAGCUUAAUGACAUCUCUGAAUGUGGUUUGCUAAAUGAAUCGACUGUAGCUGCUCAUUAUGGAGAUGACCAUGGAGAGGAUUCAAACUCAGGCUAAAAUAUCACCUGGAGAGAAAAAUCACCUAAACCAUACCUGCUCACUCUUUACCUCAGUGGACCUGUUAGGAUGCUGAGCAGAACCUGCAGAUUGGGUCAAGCUAAGGUCCUGAAAACACUUUUUCUUCAUACUAUUGAAUGUUUCAAACCAUGAUCCUUUGUUUACUGGUGAUCAAUAAUAUUUGAUAUGCUGUACAUCCUGCUAAAAAUCCACACAUAUUAACAUCCACAUUAACACCUGUUCAAAGUAAACACAGGCCCUGCCCCCAACUGCAUCAGAGAGGGGUUCCAGUGAUAUCAUAGGGCCUUCACACAGGUCACAUGUAGUGAAUAAUGUGUGACAGUGUGAAUGUGUGAAUAGUGGAAUUUAGUCACGUAAAUACUGUCAUGCAUUUAUACUAUCAGAAAUAAAUACAGUCAAAAAUACAGUCUCUCACACACACACACAUAUAUAUAUAUAUAUAUAUAUAUAUAUAUAUAUAUAUAUAUAUAUAUAUAUACAGUCACACAUGUUUAAAUACACAGUCACACAUAUAUACUGUCAUGUAUUCACAUAUAUAUAUUUACAUGUAUAUAUGUGUAUUUAUAUGCUACUGUAUAGAUAGAUAGAUAGAUAGAUAUUCAGUCACACAUGUAUACUGUCAUAUAUAUAUAUAUAUAUAUGACAGAAUACAUGUGUGACUGAAUAUCUAUCUAUCUAUCUAUCUAUCUAUCUAUCUAUCUAUCCAUCUAUCCAUCUAUCUAUCUAUCUAUCUAUCUAUCUAUCUAUCUAUCUAUCUAUCUAUCUAUUUAUAUGACAGUAUACAUGUGUGACUGAAUAUCUAUCUAUCUAUCUAUACAGUAGCAUAUAAAUACACAUAUAUACAGUCACAUAAAUAUAUAUUUGGUCAGGAGCAGGUUUGAUCCUUCUUAUUCCUCUCCAGGUAAACUCACCUGACUGUAUACUCUAUAAACCCAGAAAGCCUUCAGUGUUGCACUGACUCCAACAGAGGCCAUCAGUCCCUGACUGAGUCCAGCAUGAGUAUGUGGUGUAGAACCUGCUGCUCUAACAGUUUAAAGAUGAUUGAAACAGUGGGGUUGCAGGUAAAACAUGCUCAGACUUUGAGGUUUUUUGUGACAAACUAAAGUUAAAAAGUAUUCUUAAAUGUCAUUGCUCACAGCACUGAGAGCUCCAAGCACUGGUCGGCCUUUUUCAGAAGAUUUAGGGCAGAAACUAUAAGAACACCAACUUUUUCUCCCCAGAGGAGCUGCUUACUGAGCUCUGGAUAUCCACUCAUCCGAUCAGCUGCAGACAGGAACACUGAGCUCCCUUAGGUCCUCAUUCAGACACCCAGAGACUCUGAAACCACCGCAUGGAUGGUUCUUCAGAAUUCUGACAGACAGACGAACAGACGUUUUUUGUAUUCAUAGUCAGACUUACAGAUUCCUCUAUAUCUUUUCAAGAAUAAACGUUUGUUUGGACAACCACAGACUCACUUUUAGCAUUUCUUUUGUUCCUUACACCAAGCAUGUUUCUCAGAACUGAAUAUAAUUGCGGUUUGAAAAAAAGCCAUCCUUUCUUGGUUUCGGUAAAAUUUGAGUGUGUUACAGCUGUGUGAGAUUUUAAUUUUGUUUCUGUUCUGUUAGAGCUGCUGUAGUUUUCAGCUCUGUUAUUUCUCUACCUUCCUUCUUUACUGAUUCCUACCUGUCCUCUGAAGCCUGAGAAAAGCAGCAGGACUCUUUUACUACAGAGCCAUGCUGUUGUAAUCCCUGUUCAAUGUUAUAAAUCUGCUCCUAAACCUGUUUUUAUCAUCAUCUCAUCUCAUCUCAUCUCAGGUGAGUUAAAUCCUAAAUAUAAUAUAGACAGGCGAGUUCUCUCUAAAUUCAGUUAUCAUGAAAAAAUAAAUAAUUGUUUUUGUACCAGGCUGUAAACAUGUCUUUUUCUGCUCCAAAGUUUAACAUGGGGCUCUAUGGGGAUUUACUCACUCCAUGACACAGCCUCUAGUGGACGCUGGAGGAACUGCAGGUUUUUGUUUUUCAGCUGCAGAGGUUGCUAUCUUGUUAUUCCCGAGUUAAUCUGCUCUCUGUGUGAUUGGACAAGAACGACUGAGUGUCAGUGGACAGUUUGUUUAAUGAGGAGUCAUCCGUCUGCGGGAAAUCAAUCCUUCAGAUAGUCGGCAUUAAAAAAGUGAAGGUGAAAAGAGGAGAGAGGAGACCAGAGCAAGGUGAAGUUACUCUGACGGUUAAUUAACAUUUGUCUGUGUUUGCAGGGGUAGGACGGAGAGAUGAGGGGGAAUGAAGGAGGGACGGGGAGGAGAAGGGGGAGGAGGACAUGUCAAUGGAGCAGGCGGAGGAAAGAUAAAUGAGAGGGCUGUGCUAAGAGAUUGGAAAUUCAGAGUGGUUAGACUGUACCUCCCUCCCUCCGUCCCUCUCUCUCUUCUCUCGCUCUCUCUCUCUCUCUUUUUCUCUCCCUCCCCUCUCUAUUUCUGCUGCAGUCUGCCUCUCUCUCCUCACCCUCUGUGGCUGCAGGAUUAUUGGAGGCAGACUGUGCGCUCUGCUGCGGCGUUUGUGGACGGCGAGUUGUGUUUUUUGUUGUUUGUGGGCGGGUGGAGGAGAAAGGAGAGAGCGAGAGGAUCCAGUCUGAAUAAAUCGCUCUCUCUCUCUGUCUCUUCAUGAGCUCACAGUGGGUUUUCUUCUUGUUCUCUCCAGUGGAGGAGAGAUGAGAGGAGCUGUAGUUAUCUGAUGGAUGUCCGUAGUUUCAGAUCUUGAAACCUGAAUAAAUUCCGCCUCAGUCUUCAGUCCUCAGUCUGAGCUGGAACUGCUGCUGCUCCUGUGAAGGAUCAGUUUUUAUCCUCUUGCUGCUGAUUGGAUUCUUCAGAGGACUUUCUGCUGGUAGAACUGCGCGUUGAAGGUUUAUGAAGUUCUCUGUUUAGUCUGAACUGCUUUCAUUCACCUUCUGGAUCUUCUUACGCUGCAGAAACACUCAAACUGGUUCCUGUAGAUGUAAACCAGUUUGGUAAAGAUCAGCCUGUAUCUGAUGGGCAUCCAGAGCCCCUGACCCUUCACUCAGACAUCCACAGACUCAGACCUGAUCCUUCCUGGUUCUGAGGAUUUAGUGGACUGCAUCGGACCCUUCUGCAGAGAUGUCUGGACUCCUGCCCCGCUCCUCUCUGACUCUCUCUGUGCUCCUCUUCCUCCUCCUCUGCUCCUGCCCUGCUCUAGGAAAAAAGAAGCUCUACAUCGGAGCUCUGUUCCCUAUGAGCGGCGGCUGGCCAGGGGGACAGGCCUGCCUCCCCUCCGCUCAGAUGGCUCUGGACCUGGUGAACAAGAGGAGGGACAUCCUGCCGGACUAUGAGCUGGAGCUGAUCCACUACGACAGUAUGGUGAGUAACUUUAACAUCCACUAAUCAUCUUUAUUAAUCAGAGGGUCAAUUUAAUAUUCACGAGACUCCACCAGCAGAAUCGUCCUGACCAGUCUGAGACUGUAACAUGCAAUUAAAAACACCUGAAACAGCUGAUUAUUAUCAUCAGUCACGUUAUAGAUGAACACUCAAUGCUUUGAAUGAAGAGUGAGUGAGAAAAUGUCGCUUUGAUCAAGUAAAAACGCCUUUAAAAGAGCCGAGCUGCAGAAAUAACGCUGCAUAAAUCAGGUGUCAGAGUUUAAUUUUGAAAGUGUCAUAACACGCUGAACAAAAGCACGCACAUGUGGAAACGAAAAUAUACCACAACACAUGCCGGCUGUUUACGUCCUUUUUUUCACGCUCAUGUUAAAUCUACUGACACAUGAUUCAUGAUAAUUUAGUUCAGCAGUGCUGUGACAUUAAGAGGCAGUCAUACCGGGUUUAAUGAGCAGCUGUUUUCAUAUAAAGUUCCAAUCCAACAAUAAAACCCACUCAGCUGAAGGACAGAGGAACAUGACGUUAAGAGAAAAACUACAAAUACCUUAGACACAGCAGGUUUGUCCUGAGCAGAACUUCAGAUAUAAAAUCAGACUCUUUCUGUCUGUCAGUGAUCAGCGAUAGGUGCUGAGAUGUGACUGAACAAAUUACCUUAACUGUGUACGACACAGAGCUGGAAACCUUCGUGAAGAAAAUCCUGAAGUGUAAAAGGAGAGAAGAAGAAAAAACGAUAGAAACAAGAUAAAGAUAAACAAGAGAGGUAUGCAGCUUUUCUUACUUAGUGAAAACAGAGAGUGGAAACUGUCAAGUAGGACGAGACUGUCAAUAUUCUUACACUAUGAAAAUAUGUGGAACAAUCGGGAACGUGUUGAUUUUCUAUGUGCAGCAUCAGGAGACCAACUUCUUCGAAGACCAUGAGGCCAAAACAGAAAUGACACAUCAGUGAUAUUAUGGAAAACCCUUCAUAUGAGAAAAUGAAUGGAGGUCAAUGAAAAACACUCAGCUGUGGUGACAAAGAGCUGAGCGCAAAAAAGUUCCGUUAUUUUGAUGCAGGUUGAAACCCUUUGAAAAUCUUUGGACUAAGUCAUGAUUAUAUAUGUAUACAUUUAGAUUAAGUGUACUUGUACUGCACUAAAGAACCCUUCAUAAGUACAGCUUAUAAAUUUGAUCUGUGUGUUUCAGUCAGACUGUUUUCAACACCUGUUAAACGUUAGAUUAACCUUUCUGUCAGUGUAGGUUUAUAAAUCAGAAAAAACGGUGACUCUCCUGUUUCUGACUCUCAAAUCAUGUGUAAUAAAAGAUUAAUAGAUUCUUAUUUCAGAGAUUAUUUUAUAGAUUUAAGACAUUUGAAAAAUUGCGCAUGUGAAAGAUGUGUUUCAAGGUCAUGUGUUCACAUGUGACGCUUCCUGUUCACAGAUUUAACUGUUAGUGUGAGUGUAAUAACAAUGUUUAGGGAGCAGGUAACAGCAAGGAACCGAUCAGACCGAUUCUCUGAUGAUAUAAUAUGUCCUCUUUUACUGUAUCUGUGUUACUCACAUUUACACACACACGCACGCACGCACGCACACACACACAGGGUGUAAACCAUCAUCAGGCUAACUGUCCAUCCUCUGUGUGUUGUUGCUCUAAAGGCAGCAGCGGGUCAUAAAAUGGGUCGCUGCCUCAGAGAAAUGUCCUACCUGCUGUACAUCUGUGUGUAUAUAUGCGUGUGUGUGCGCGUGUGUGUGUUUGCAUAACAACAGCAGCUGAUAACAACUCUCUGCUGGCCUGCUAACCUUAGGAACUUUACUGCUUUUUCUGUCCCUGUGUUAAUGUUAUGAAAGCAGCUCAUCAUCUGAAAGAGCAAAAAAUCCGAGAACAAGCAAUCAGGAUCAGAAACAGAGAUUUUACUGCAGGAAAGAAAAGACAGGUGAACAAGAAAUAAGAUGUUAGGAGGUCCAUUUUUAAGUCCACCAGAAAAAACGGCAAAAUCUUCAUGGCUAACUGAUCUGCAAAGACAUGAAUGAUCUUCAUCAGCAGAAUAACUGAAGUUCACCAAAUUAGCAAAACACACAAAGGCCAAAAACAAAUGAACCACUAAUGAAAAUUUGUGUGCUGUCAAUGCAUCUGAGAAGGUACUGAUUAAGAUGGUUACAAAUUUAUAAGACACUGUUGCUUUGUGGACUCUGAACAGAUCUCUGUCUUAAAAAGUCUGAGUCCAUAGCAGACUGAGUCUACCACAGUUUGGGUCUGUAAAAGUCUUAGUCUAUACAGUCUGAGUCGAAUAUAGUCUGACUCUAUAACAGUCUGAGUCUACAACAGUCUGACGGUAUAACAAUCUAUAAUAGUCGGACUCUAUAACAGUUGCAGUCACAACAGUCUGAGUCUGUAACAGUGGGUCUAUGACAGUCUAUUACAGUCUGAGUCUAUAACAGACUGAGUCUACAACAGUUGGAGUCUAUGACAGUCUGAGUCACAACAGUCUGACUGUAAAACAGUCUAUAAUAAUUGGACUCUAUAACAGUCACAGUCAUAACAGUCUAAGUCUAAAACAGUCUGAGUCUACAACAGUCUAAGUCUAUAACAGUUUGAGUCUACAAAAGUCUGAGUCUAUAACAGUCUGAGUCUGCAACAGUCUAAGUCCAUAUCAGUCUGAGUUUACAAAAGUCUGAGUCUACAACAGUCUGAAUCUUUGACAGUCUAUUAGAUUCCAAUUCUAUAACAGUCUAUAACAGUCUAUAACAAUUUGAGUCUUUAACAACAUGAGCCACAACAGUCUGCGUCUGCAUUAAUUUAUUACAUUCUGAGUCUUUAACAGUCUGAGUCUGACUCAGAUUCAAGAAUUUUUUUUGGAUUACUAGUAUAAUCUUGAAUUAGGAUGAAAGACUGGGGGCCUAUUAGCGACUAGAAAGCCCACUUUAUAUGAGCCAGAAGGUCUGAAAUAUCAAAUUUAGUCCACCAAGGUUCCUUUAAUCAUGGGUAGAGUUUUACCUGAUUUAGAGCUGCGAUAUUAAUACACACCUUUGGGAUCACAGAAUGUUUGAGGCUCUGUUUUUGUCUCUUCACCUGCAGACUGUCAAACUGUAAAAACUUUAUUUAUAACUCCAAACAGACCGCAAUGAGAUAUCUUUAAUCACACACACACAGUGACAGGCUGUUGUUUUUUUUAGGAGAAUCACUCUGAUUGGUUCAAGCUGCUCUGCAUUGGAUCCUCUCUCCUCAAAACCAGUCUGGUGUGUGUGUGUGUGUGUGUGUGUGUGUGUGUGUGUGUGUGUGUGUGUGUGUGUGUGUGUGUGUGUGUGUGUGUGUGUGUGUGUGUGUAGGGAGGGGAGGGUGGGGGGCAUAUUGAGGUUGGUAUGACAACGGUUACCAAGACAACAACAGUUCAAACACAAACUGAGAGUUGGCUCUGUGAGGGAGGGAUGGUUUGGCUUGUGUGAUUCACGCACACGCACACACACACACACACACACACACACACACUCGUUCUCUCUCUCAGGGCAGAUGGAUGAUCACAAAGAUUCAGUGUGAGCUCGGAGAGACAAAUGCCGAAGAAUCAUUGAUCACAGACCUGAACAGCUCUGAUCUCGGACCAGCUGCUCUUUACACUGAGCACGCUUAUAUCGUCUCCAGCUGAUCUCAGGCCAAUAAAAUCACACUCUGUGGUACCAAAGCUUAGAUAAAGGCUAAUCAUCAGGCAGGAAAUCAAACAACAGCCUCUGAUGUUAAAAGAAAUAAAGGGAAUAGUAAAGCCUGCAGUUCCCUCUGUGUCCCCUAGAGGCUGUGUCCUACAAUGACUCAGUCCCCAUAGAGCCCAUGUUGAAAUGUCCAACUUAACAACACAGAUAAACAUGUUAACAGCCUGAUACAAUACAGCUCUGUAGCAACUCUUAAAGGCAUGGUUGACGAUCUAAGAGGCAGUAGAAAAAAAAAAAGUUAUUUAUGUCACAUGCGCCAUGAUUAAAGGCAAAAAUUACCUGAUCAACAAAAACUAUACUGUCUCGGCGUCUGUUUUCAGGCCCAAAUCCUGGUGGAGCUUUGUCCACAGCUCGAAGGAUGACCUGAUGUUUAUUCGAGUUAGAUUCCUUGCUUGGUCACAUUUCCCGUUCAACUCUGCUCUUCCUUCUGUUGGCUUGUGUUUUUUAGCACUUUUGUCGGUGGGGCAAGCAGAAGUGGGGAUUUUUUUGCGUCCUUCUCCAUCACAGCUCCUGUAGUUAAGCUGCUACGCUACUUUUAGCCGCUAAGAGCUCAGAGGAGUGGGAGGGGACGAGUCCGAACUAUGGGAGAGGGGUGUGUCGAAUACAGUGAGGUGAUUGGAUGGAGAGGCGGAUCAGGAGAUUUACAAAUAGGAGCUGUCCGGGUCGGAUGGCUCCCAUUGGUCAGUGUUUUUGCAGCCCUGUACCUGCUAGGGUAAACAAAUUUUUUCCUUUCUUUUUUCUCUUCACUUUGUGGAGUUAGGACCAUGAUCACCAUAUUAACGAGGUUCAUAAUAAUUAUCAAUCUCUCCAACUGUCAACCAUGACUUUAAGCAGCUCUGUUGUAACUCUUAAGCAGCUCCAAAGCAGCGCUGACGCUGCGCUGAAGCAGCUCUGUAGCAGCCGUGUUGCUCUUACAUACAGAUGUGCAUAACAUUGGACAAAAACAUUUGCUUAAUAAAAUGAUAACUCUGUCAUUGUAACAUCUGAGUUAGUCCUGUCCCUGAUCUUUGACCAUGUGUGGGGUGAUUUCAAUCCUAGACUGAAUAAACUGUCACUGUGUUCAGAUCCAGAUGGGUUUCCGCUCAGUGUUUUCUGCUGUUUCUGUGCUGAUCUUUAGACACCAGAGCAGGCACACUCUGAUGAACAUACUUUGUUUGUUCCAUUGUCUCGGAUCAGCUGAAACAGGAUCCUGUUUGUCCUGCUGUGAUGAAGAUGAUAAAGAUGAAGGCUGCUCUCUCAGACAGUCUGAGAGGAGCAAGAGGAGGAGGAGGAGGGUCUGAUGAAGCAGCUAUGGGAUCCUAUUUGAAUGUUAGUGUGAUUUGCCUCGAGUGCAGAGGUUAAUCAAUACAUCAAACCAAAGCAAUCCCCCCCUGACCAGACGCUGAAAGUGAUUCAGCAGGAGAAGGAGCAGGUUUCUUCCUCACAUGCAGGAUGCCGAGGGAGGCUGAGGAGCUGGUUGCUAGGAAACAUCUUGGGUCUUAGUUUACAUCCUUUUAGAGGAGAUAACAGAGAUGUUCUCCAGCAGGAGAGAAACUGAGUCAGUGUGAAAGUCUGAAUGUGGAGCCUCCAUCAGAGCCUCUGAGAGAGAAAACAUCCACACAUGCUACCCCUUCCCCCUCAGAAUUUAACAUUGAAAUUCAGUCUAUUAAACUGUCGAAUAUCUCCUUAUGAUUCAGAGUAAGCUUACAGACAAACCUUUAAAGAAAAGUGUGGCGAUGGUUCAUGUUUUUCAUCGAGCAAUCUGUUCAUAUUUAGUUAGUGGUCUUGACACUAUUUUAGGUUAGAGGGUUGAAAUUGAUCCACUUUUGGUUUCAUCAACAUGUCAAACCCUUUAAUGCUGAAGAUGAUCAAGACUAAAAUAGAUAAAAACUCUAUAAUUUUUCACUGUCUGUGCUAACUGACAGAAAAUGUUGAGGUUUUUAUGAGAUUAUAUUUUGUAGAGGUGAACCUGGAUGUGUGUUUUAGUCUCUGAAUUCGCUCUCAUUUUCUCCCUAUGCAGUGUGUUUGGCCCUGUCAGUCAUCAGGAAAACAGGCCACAACGACAAAUCAAUAACGAAUCAAAUAAAUACAGAGAACAUCAACUCAAGUCUGCAUCAGUCAUAGAACACACGGCUCAGAAAAGGAUGAAGUUCAAUGAGUGUGAAGAAACGUCUUUACCUUUCAUUGAUGCAACGUGAAUUAGAGGGCCGAGUUAUUAAUAUUACACACCUGCAUUAGCAUCGCACAUGUUACAUACCAGCAGACUGAGCUGUGGCAGAGCCCGCAGACUGGGUGGGGUGGGGUGAGGGGGGGGGGGGGGGGGUGCAGGUGAGUCACGUCCCAAGGUCACCUGUGUGUCUGGUGUUGGAGGCAGAGACACAUUUAUCAGAGAGAGGAGGAGAAAACAUUUACCCAGCAGUCACACUCAUUUAUCCUGAUCCGCAGACCACACACACACACACACACACACACACACACACACACUAGUUUUUGCUUUAUUACAGUUGAUGGUAAAUGAGAAAUCAAUAAGCUCUUUAAAUGAUAAUGGCGGGGGGGGGGGCAUUGAUUGUGGACUGAGUGUGAUUGUGUGUUUGCUGUCAUCAUGUUGCUGACAUUAGUCUCACUGUCAUGUUACUGCAGAUAGAGAAAAACUGAGAGUGACUCUGCAGACAGUCAGAGCAGCUCAAACAGGCUCUGGACCCUACUGAACCCAGCAGACCAGGUUCUGGAUUCUGACUGUGAAAUGUUGUCCCAUUCUUGCCUGAUAGAGGAUUUCAGCUGCUCAACAGUCCAGAGUCUCCUUUGUCCUAUUUUUGGUGUCAUGAUGCUCCAAAUGUUUUCAAUGGGGUAAAAGUCAGGACUGCAGGCAUGCCAGUUUAUCAGCAGGACUUUUCGACUACAGAGCCAUGCUGUUGUAAUCUCUGCAGAAUGUACUUUGUCAUUGUCUUGCUGAAAUAAGAAGGUCUUCCCUGAAAAAGUCAUUGUCUGGAUGGCAGCAGAUGUUGCUCCUAAACUUGUAGAUAUUGUUCAGCAUUAAUGAAGCCUUCACAAGUGUGGAAGCUACCCAUGACAUGAACUCUGACGAUCUCCAUACCAUCAGGGAUGCUGGUUUUGGAGCUGUGGUCGCUCUACACUCUAGAGAGGAGGAGUAAUUCCUAAGGAUUGCCAAAUAGGCUGUAGAGUGAAAAUACUUGUGUGUGUUGUUCACAGAUGUCUCAUCCUCUGUGUGUCCUCAGUGUCACUGCUAGUUUGUAUUCCUGGUCUGUGUCCUCAGGUUCUUUCGAUCUUGUUUUUCUGUCUCCCUGUUCAACGUGUCUUUGGUUGUGUUACAUAUUGUGUGUCUCUGUCCUCAGUGUAUUCAUGAUUGUGUAUUUUCUGCCUCUGUCCUCAGUGUGAUCCAGGAGAGGCCACCAAGUUGCUGUAUGACCUUCUGUACACAGAGCCCAUCAAGAUUGUGUUGAUGCCAGGGUGCAGCUCCGUGUCCACGCUGGUUGCUGAAGCUGCUCGCAUGUGGAACCUUAUUGUGGUGAGAAAAGAUGACUUCCUGUUUUGGAUAGCUAGGUGUGUUGAAGCUGUGAGGCAGGUGGUUCAGCAGGACUUCAGCUACACCUCAAAGACUGUUAAGAGAAGCUGAAGUUAGUUAGAGGCAACAGACUACUGAGAGGUUUAUACAGACUACAGACACGUUUAUACAGACUACAGACAGGUUUAUACAGACUAUUGAUAGGUUUAUAAAGACUACGGACAGGUUUAUAUAGACUACAGACAGGUUUAUGUAGACUACAGACAGGUUUAUACAGACUACAGACAGGUUUAUACAGACUACAGACAAGUUGAUAUAGACUACAGACCGGUUUAUACAGACUGCAAACAUGUUAAUGUAGACUACAGACAGGUUUAUGUAGACUACAGACAGGUUUAAACAGACUACAGAUAAGUUAAUAUAGACCCGAGACAGGUUUAUACAGACUACAGACAGGUUUUUGUAGACUACAGACAGGUUUAUACAGGCCACAGACAUGUUUAUACAGACUGCAGACAAGUUGAUAUAGACUACAGACAGGUUUAUACAGACUGCAAACAUGUUAAUGUAGACUACAGACAGGUUUAUGUAGACUACAGACAGGUUUAUACAGACUACAGACAGAUUUAUACAGACUACUUUUGGGUUUACACAGACUAGAGACAGGUUUAUACAGACUACAGACAGGUUUCUGUAGACUACAGACAGGUUUAUACAGACUGCUGGUGGGUUUAUACAGACCACAGACAGGUUUCUGUAGACUGCAGACAGGUUUAUACAGACUACAGACAGGUUUAUACAGACCACAGACAGGUUUCUGUAGACUGCAGACAGGUUUAUACAGACUACAGGCAGGUUUAUACAGACCACAGACAGGUUUCUGUAGACUACAGACAGGUUUAUACAGUCUACUGAUUGGUUUAUACAGACUACAGACAGGUUUCUGUAGACUACAGGCAGGUUGAUACAGACUAGAGCUGGCAUAAUAGCAUGCUGAGGUUUGUUUCCGUCUGUAUCUUUACAAACCUCUUACUUGUCUGCUUGUGUCUGUUCCUUCAGCUGUCAUACGGCUCCAGCUCCCCCGCUCUGUCAAACCGUCAGCGUUUCCCCACCUUCUUCAGGACUCACCCGUCUGCCACGCUGCACAACCCCACUCGAGUCCAACUCUUCCAGAAGUGGAAGUGGACCAAGAUUGCCACCAUCCAGCAGACCACUGAAGUCUUUACAUCGGUAUGUGUGGUUCCUGUAGUAAUGUGUGAGUCUGAAAACUCCUCAUCCUGACUCUAAAGAAAAAGCAGACCUGUGCAGUGGACUAGGACUCUGCAGGUGUAGCAGCAGCAUAAAGGGUUUCUAGAGAAAGAUCAUGAGUUAGUCCAACUUAGUGUGUUUAUUUUGCAUGUUCAGAUAGCAGUCAAACUCUGAUCUACACAAAGAUUAUUUUGGCUGUUUUUGACAACCGAUGACUGUAAAAAUCAGAGGAUCAGAGAUUCAUUCAGUCUCAUGUGUUUCCUCACUCUUCUUCUCUUCUUCACCUUCCUCUGAUUUAUUCUUUUCCUCAGCACUUCUCUCACACUUCAGCUGCGUCUUCAGUCCCUUUAAAUGUCCUCCAUGACCCCUGUUUCAUUAUCUCUGCUGCUCCUGUCCCUGUCCUUAUUGCUCAGCGUUUCCUCUCUGUGUGUUUGACAGACUCUAGAUGAUCUAGAGGAGAGGGUGAAGGAGGCGGGGAUCGAGAUCAGCGUUCGCCAGAGUUUCCUCACUGAUCCUGCUGUGGCUGUGAAAAACUUAAAGGUACCUAAAAAGACCAGAACCAUCAGCAACCACCUCAGAUCUCAUUUACAGCACAUUUACCACCAGAACCAGAGACCAAUACCAGACUCACCAAGACUAAAACCAGAUACACUGACACCAGAACCAGGCUCACUGAGAACAGAAUCAGAUUCACUGAGAUUAGAACCAAACUCACUGUCACCAGAAACAGACCUUGGUAAAUCAAAGAUAAGCCAGGGUUACCCGUUCAGAUCCAGAUCUGUGAGCCUCUGUGGAUCUCUGUGUUUUUGUUGAUCCUGGGAUCAGAGGCUGGUCUGGUUUCUGGGUCUUUACGGUGUCAGUCUGCAGGUUUGAAUGAGAGCACUGAGAUAGUGAACACUCUCUUCCCCCUCCUGGAUCAGCCUGACCUUCUUCCCUCCUGCUGUAUAAUGACCCCAUCUUCCAUCAUGGCCUACUUCUGUGCUCCAGGAUUAAUUGGCGAUGGCAGAGGAAACCAUGGUAACGGUGUGAAUGUACCCCCGAGCAGAGGAGGUCUGCGGUUGACUCUCCUCACCAGGAAGUCUUCAGCUCGCUCUUUUCAUCCCCACUUGGUGGCUGACUCUCUUUCUUUUUCUGUCACCCCUCAGCGUCAAGACGCCAGAAUCAUCGUGGGUCUGUUCUACGAGACCGAGGCCCGCAAAGUCUUCUGUGAGGUAACCUGACCCACUUCACAGAUGAGACAAAUCAGUUAAACCAUUUAACAUACGAUGUCUUCGCUAUAGAUGUAGUGCUAUCCUUCUCAGCUUUCACCCCAACUGACUUUAAUCCAAACACUGAGCUGAUUUUCUGACAGUCCUCUUGUCAGUGUCAGUUUUAAACAUUAUUCAGGGAACUUUCUUUCAGCAGUGAAAAAUGAAAAGGUUGAUUUGGCAGCAAAGGUAUCCCUGGUAUCAAGAUCUUCCUCUGUCAGAAUGGUCUUUAUGUUUCAGGGUCUAGACAAACAUAGAGGGGAUCAGAACCUGGUUUAAGAUAAGAUAAGAUAAACCUUUAUUCAUCCCACACUGGGGAAAUUUGCAGUGUUAUAGCAGCAAAGGAUCAGCACAGCAAACAGAAGAAUAAGUACAACCAUUAUGAACACAGUGCACAGAUAAUUAUAAAAAAGUUAACUUGGACCCGUACAAAAAAUGUUAUAUAGAAAAAAGAGAAAAAUAUAAGCAACAACAACGAAACUAAAAAUGAAUUUACACAGUGAACAAAAUAGAAUUGGACAUGUUGUUAUUGCACAUUAUAGGAGUUAUUAUACCUGGGAAAAAUGAAUGUAUUUGCCAUUGUAAUAUCUAGCCUGUCAAUACUGCACAUUGAGGUAGCAUUGAGUUGUUUAUUUUUUUUAGUUAAGCUAAAAAAAACUUUAUGUCGUCAAUGUGAAAAAGCAUAAUAUCACCGUUAAGUCGAGGCCGAGUCACUAAAGACAGUCAGCGUUCAGAUUUCCUGACUUUCCUAAAGACACCAGAAAAGAUGGUAGUCACAUCCAUCACAGAAACUCUCCACAGACAGAUGAACAGUAAACCAGAGUGAAGCCUCUGAGAGACUAUUUACAGAGAAACUGAGACUUUUUCUACCCAUCAUACCUGGAGGGAUGAAUUUUUCUGUUCUUCUUCAAAUUGAUGAUUAAUAAUCAACAGUAAUAAUAUUUUUUAAUGAUUCAGGUCUAAUACCACCUUUAUACUCGCAGUUCAGCAUUCUACUGACAUGGGAUAUUUGAUGAGAGCCACAGCCUUGACACGUCUGUAGUGCUCUCUAGUGCCACAUGGUGGACACAGGAAUUAAGUUUUUGCACAUUCCUGUAGUUUCACACUUGUUAUAAAUCAAAGCUUUGUUUGACUAAAGCUUCCUUUAUUGCAGCAUUGACGAUUUGUAUGUAAAAACCUUUAAGACUAUAUCAUUUCAAAAUAAAAGCCCUCCUCUCCUCCUUUCUCUCUGCAGGUGUAUAAGGAGAAGCUGUUUGGGAAGAAGCAUGUGUGGUUUCUGAUUGGCUGGUAUGCAGAUAACUGGUUUAAGAUCAAAGACCCAUCCAUUAACUGCACUGUGGAGCAGAUGACAGAGGCUGUGGAGGGUCAUGUGACCACCGAAAUCGUCAUGCUGAACCCUGAGACGGUGCGAGGUGCCUCCAACCUGGUGAGUCCUCCGCUGUGACGUGUCUUAUUAUAAUGGUGUUAUUAUUCUGGGGUUAUUAUAACCUGACUUAUCAGAACUGCAGAGAAUUAUCUGCAGCUGCAAAGACUGCUGGGAGAUUAUGAUGAAUGGCUGAAUGCAGGUUUUAUAUUUAGCUGCAGCUGCAGAAUCUCUGCAGUAUUUACUCUGAUUAUACAGCCUUCUGAUGAGUCAGUAUCUUCUCGUGCCUUAUGCAUGCUUUUAAAACCUGCAGAGAGAUUUACUCUCAGGGAUUUUCAGCUUUUUUCAGGACAGGAGCUUUUCUAAAAAAACGCUUCAAGAAACUUAUUUACGACACAGAUAAACUGUGAAAACUGUCUGUUUGUGUUCAGCAGAAUUUCAGGAAGUUUUCCAGAGAUCAGCAGCACACGUAUGAAAACAGCACAUAACCAGUUUUUGAGCUGUAAACACUAAAAAGUUAUUUCCUCAACGUGCUGCAGAGUGACUGUCUUGGAGUGAGUGAAUGGACCUCUGAGGGAUUGGCUCCGAAAAUUGAGAUGCUGCAGAGGGUUUUAUUGAUCAGAGAGAUGAAGACUCUAACUCUGAGUUCAUUUAUCCUCUUACAGAGAGUGUCUAAACGCUGAUCUGAUCCCUGAAGAAAAACACACAUUAGAUCUGUGUUUCAGUGAUCAAUAGUAUCUCUCAUUGAAUAAACAGGUUUUCUGAUGUCCUGAGCUCAUAUUAACUCACUGCUCAUCAUCUGUAGACUUCUCAGGAGUUUUUGACCCAGCUGAUGUCCAAACUCGGGGGUAAGAAUUCAGAGGAGACUGGGGGUUUCCAGGAGGCCCCUCUGGCCUAUGACGCUGUGUGGGCUCUGGCUCUGGCCCUCAACAAGACGGUGGGGCCCCUGAGGGCCAAGGGCCUCCGACUGGAGGACUUCAACUACAACAACCGAGGAAUCACAGCAGAGAUCUACAGAGCGCUCAACACCAGCUCCUUCGAGGGUGUGUCGGUGAGUUCAAGGGAGGAGGAGGAGCAGGAGGAGGAAGACUUGACUUUGGUUGAGUUAAGAAAUAUCAGAGAGAUCUAUCUGAGAGUAUUAAAUCUUCUCCUUUGUGUUUCAGGGCCAUGUUGUGUUUGAUGCUCAGGGUUCGAGGAUGGCCUGGACUCUGAUCGAACAGCUUCAAGGUACUCAGCUGUCUGUUACCAUGUUUACUUAGGCAGAACUCAUGCUUGAUCAGACCAAACCCUUUAAAAAAUAACCACCUAAUAGUUUGAUCAUUCAACGUUUGUAGCAUUAGCAUCCUUCAAGGGAAAUGGAUUUGAGUAAGGUAGACAAUUGACUGACUACAGUGCAGCCUGAAUAAUAUUGUGAAACUGAGACUCAGUGGAGGCAAAAACUAUGAAACAAAGACUCAGUAGAGACAAAAACUGUGAAAUAGAUUCUGAAACAGUAAGCUGGUAGUUGGGGUCUUUUUGAGAAAUCCUGAUGGGGACUCUAGCUAACACAACAGGUCAUUAAACCGGGACCUAGUCUAUCUGCAGUAGCUGGAGGCAGCAGGAAAGGUCAUCAAAACACCAAUUUUUAGAGGGACACUCACCAACUGAGAGUGAGAGAGAGUCUGGAUGAUGAUAGAAACACAGCUUUAGACUGCAUAGCUCUAGAAUGCUGGGCUCUGGGAUAUUUAGCUCUAGAAUGUUUAACUCUUGGAUGUGCAACUCUAUAAUGUUUAGCUCUAGAAUGCUGGGCUCUGAGACGUUUAGCUUGCGAAUGUAUAGAUCUAGAAUAUAUCUUUAUGAUGUUUAGCUUUAAAAUAGUUAGCUCUAGAAUGUGUACCUUUUGGAUGUUUAGCUCUAGAAAGCUGGGCUCUGGGAUGUGUGGCUCUAGAAUAUGUGGCUCUAUAAUGCUGGGUUCUGGGAUAUUUAGCUUUAUAAUGCUGGGCUCUUAGGAUGUGUAGCUCUAGAAUGUCUAGCUCUGGGAUGUUAAGCUUGAGAGUGUUUAGCUUUUGGAUGUUAAGCUCUAGAAUGCUGGGCUCUUGGAUGUUUAGCUCUAUAAUGUUCAGCUCUAUAAUGCUGGGCUUCUUGGAUGAGUAGCUCUAUAAUGUUUAGCUCUAGAAUGCUAAGCUCUUGGAUUUUUAGCUUCAGAAUGUGUAGCUCUAGAAUGCUUAGCUCUAGGAUGUUUAGCUCGAGAAUGUUUAGCUCUAGAAUUUAGCUUUGGGAUGUUUAGCUUUAAAAUGUUUAGCUCUAGAAUGUGUAUCUCUAGAAUGUUUAGUUCAAAAAGCCGGGUUCUGGGAUGUGUAGCUCUAGAAUGUGUGGCUCUAUAAUGCUGGGCUCUUGGAAGCUUUUAAGUCUCUUAAGAGGACAGCAAGUAAGCUAGGUAUAGUAGCUUUGUGAUAGCUUUGGCCCUGGUCCUGGUCCUGGUUCUGGUCCUCAGAGCAGUAUUAGCAGUACUGCUCUCAGUUGGUGCAGGGUGGCCUCAGACUUUGGUUGUUGGAGUCUUGCUGGCUCAGUGUCAGUGUUUCUGCUGCUGGCUGGUACUUAAGUGUGAUCAGAGAAACCUCAGGAUAUGCGGCAUCUCACACAGUCUCUCACAUGAUUUGUUUUUUUAUUAAGUCCAGCCUGCAGGGACGCCUCAGGCUGGACUUCGUUACUGAAAUGUCUCGUCAAUUCAAUCCGUGCUCAAAGUGAAAGAACAAGCUCACAGACCAUCAGACUGUCAGGGUGUCCCAGCGGACAGAAAAAGACCUGAAUGUCAGAAAGUGACAUUUCUAUUUAAGGUUGACCAACAGAAGGAGGACAGGAGGAGGAAGGAGGCAGAAGGAGACAAGGGACGACAGGAGGAGGCUGGAGGAGACAGGAGCACUGUCUCUGAGACUGAAGAGUAGAUUUUAAAACACAUACAGGACAGAAAUAUUCAACUCAGUUCAGUUCAUAAAAAUUUUGUAAGGUUCAGCUCCAUUAGGGAUUUCAACACAAACAUGUUUAACCUGCAGAAUAACAUCACUUGUUAUCCCCGUCUCUCUGUAUCACAGGGGGGAGUUAUAAGAAGAUCGGGUACUACGACAGCACCAAAGGAAACCUCUCCUGGUACGGGAACGACAAAUGGAUCGGUGAGUCCUCCUCUUCACUCUUAAUCCUCUCCGCCUGCUCCUCUCCCUCCUCUUCCUCCUCUCUCUCUCUUUCGCCUCCCUCUCUUUCUCUCACUCUGUUCAUCACUCAGAAUGUCAGGUGUGAUCAGAAUGAAGUUACCUGCUCUCAGUCAGUUUCCCUCUGAGUAUCAGUCUGAUUAAAAACAUCAGAGCAGGUAGAAAACCGCUCAGAUAGACCAGAGACUGUGUGUGUGUGUGUGUGUGUGUGUGUGUGUGUGUGUGUGUGUGUGUGUGUGUGUGUGUGUGUGUGUGUGUGUGUGUGUGUGUGUGUGAGUGUGUGUGUCUGUUGGAGGGUAAAUACGUGUCGACCUUGCCUCUGUAUGUGUGUGUCUGUCUCUCCGUCUGUCUUUCUGAGACGCUGUUGAUUGGAUUUCCUGUUUGCCCAAACUGACAUUGAUUGAUUUAAGGUGGGGAAGGAAGGGGGUGGGGGGUGGAUGGGGGGGUUCAAGGUUACUCAGCAGACAAGGGGAAAUCCAAACAGGAGGAAGAGCGUCAGUCUGUCCUUCUCAGCUGCUGCAAAUGUGAAGUCAUGACACUCUGUUAUCUCCGAACAGAGUCAAUAGGUUUUGGAAGCUAAAACAGAAACGCCUGCAGUUCUUCAGUGUCCACCAGAGGCUGUUUCCUACAGUGAGUCAGUCCCCACAGAGCCUAAUGUUAAAACUCCAAACUUUACAGCAGAGAUAAACAUUUUUAUACCCUAGAAAAGAAAAAGUUUGGGUCUUUUAUGAAUUAAGGAGCUCACUGUUAACAUUAAAUUAAGAACGAAACUCACCUGUUUAUAUAAGACUAAAGAUGAAAUACACCUGUUUACAUCAGAUUAAAGAUUCCAUGACGAGUUCAUCAGCAAGAUUCAGCCUCUAUCUGGAUUAAUAUCUAUUACUUUAGUGUGUAAAUGAUCUGUGUAUUGUAUCUCUUAUUGAUGUUGCUGCAGUGAGCUAGUGUGUAUGAGCCCAGUUUCCAUUUAAAUGUCAUCACUGGUGUAUAGACGAAUGAGGAGCAGUUGAAUGAGACUGUUGCCAUAGCUACUCUAUAAACUACCAGUGUUAGCUGGUGGACCAAAGAUCACUGGCGACUGAUAGUGUUUCACCAGGUUAACAGAACCACUUUAUAAUAUUUGAGUCCGACUCCAGUUCUGUGUAUUUGCUAAAAGUCCCCCCCACCCGCCAUCAUCUCUGAACCUCUCAGCUGUGCUCAGUCUCUCUGUCUUUUUUCUCCUGGUCGGGUUUGACGUCAGUCUGAACUGAAAUGCUGUGAGCUGAAAAUCUGCCAGCUGUGACACAGAAUAGAUUUUAUAACAGACUGAACAUGCAGCAAGGUCGUCCAAAUGUCCCCCCCAUCCCCCCCGCUCUGCCAGAACAGGACCACUAUGGGGGUUGGAGGGGAGAGGAAGUGCUGACCUCCAUUUUUGAUGUGCAACCCUGCGGACAGCCCAACUCCAGACCAGCUGGACUCAGUUUAAAACUUAGACACUGUUCACCAGCAGAGACGACAGUAGAGUAGAAAUACUUCAUCAAACCAAACGCACAGAGCUUCAGUUUUAAGAUCAUUUAAACACAGAUAUCCAUUACUACAGUGAUACGUUAUUCCAGAGUUUCGUUUUCCAGGGUUCCAUUAUUCCAGCGUUAUGUUAUUCCAGCGUUCAAUUAUUCCAGUGUUUCAGUUAUUCCAGCAUUCCAUUAUUCAAGCGCUCCUUUAUUCUAGCGUUCCAAUAUUCAGUGUUCAUUUUACGGGCACUCCUUUAUUCCACAGCUUCUUUAUUCUAACACUGUUUUAUUCCUGUAUCAGUGUAUAAUAGAAAACACAGAUUUUUUUAUUUUAGUUUUAAUGGAUUUAUUUUUCUACUUCAAGGUCAGUCAGUGUGUUUGAACAGGAAGUGAAAUGGAGCUCUGUCUUUGGUUUUAAGAGUGUCAGAGCCAAAUCUACAUCUACGAAUAAAAGUUAAUGUCAGAUGGUCAAAAACUGACCCUGCAGGAGAAACCAGUCUCCCCCACUCUGUCACAGCUGAGCACCCCACCACCACCACCACCACUGUGGGGUCAGGACUGAAUCGUCUUUCCCAGCAGUAAAAAACUUUGGUCUGCAGCUGGCAUAUUUCAAAUUGAUGGCAUGUGUCAGAUUGAUGGCGUGUUUCAAAGUGAUGGUGUUUAUCAGAGUUGAGGCAUGUUACGGAUUGAUGGCGUGUUUCAAAGUGAUGGUGUGUUUCAGAGUGUUUGUAUGUUUCAGCGUGAUUGUAUCUUUGAGAGUGACGCUGUGUUUCAGAGUGAUUGUAUGUUUCAGAGCGAUGGCAUGUUACAGAGUGAUGGCAUGUUACAGAGUGAUGGUGUGUUUCAGAUUGAUUGUGUGUUUCAGAGUGAUGGCAUGCUUCAGAGCGUGUUUUAGAGCAAUGUCGGUUUCAGAUUGAUGGCAUGUUUAAGGAUUUAUCUCCACAUGAUGGGGGUUUUUGGUCACACUAAGACCGGAAGGAGGGUCACAGGGGCAGGAAGGUGUGUUACAAGGUCGGCUUAAUUUUGAAGCUGUGGCUCCCUCUUUUUUUAAUAAUUUCAGUAGAAUUAACUGUUUUUAUAAACAUCGUCAUAGUUUGAAUGGCAGAUGAAUUCGUCUGUGUGAACAUCAGAAAAUUUAAAUGAUAAGAAAAAGUCAGAAAUAGAUGAUAAUACAUACCAGAAUAACAGUUACAUUAUUAAAAAUUAAAAUAGAAAUAAAAAAUCAAAAUCAACCUUAUAAAAAUUAUUAAUAUAAGAGAACACAGUUCAACCUCUCUUUUUAAAACAGUUACAUCCUUAAGCUUUUUUUUCACUGUUUGUUUUUAUCUGUCUUGUAGAGUGUCCUUGGUUGUUUCAAAAGGCUCCUAUAAAUAUAAUGUAUUUUUUUUAUUAUUAUUAUUAUUAUAGCAACCCUGCAGAGCAGAUCUGAGAUCCUUUCAGUUAACCAGGGUAUUUUAAACCAAACACCACACUCUCCAUGUUUGUCUCUGUCCACGUUUUUUUAAGUGACUUGUAAGGAGCAGAAUUCUUCCUCUUAGCCUGACUGAGUUUAUUUUGGCUGAUGUUUAAAAAUAUCCUUGAAACUGGCUGCAGGUUUUUCCUCCACUGACAGCUGAGCUCAGUGUGCAGCAUGUACUGUCUGGGCAGCUUCUUGGCGGCUUGUUGCUUAUAAACAGGAUGCAUGUUAGUGCGCCCCCUGCUGUUCCUUAACACACACACACACACACACACACACACACACACACACACACACACACACACACACAGCUCCUCUAAAUCACAUUUUCUCCUCUCACCUUGUUAUUUCUUACCUUCACCUCCUUUCUCCUCUCUCUCUUCAUCUCCAUGACAACCAGUGCUGCCUCUCUCUCCCUCUCUCUCUUUCUCUCUCUCUGUGUCUCUCUCACAUUGCUGCGGAAACCAUAUUGGAGCCAGUCACCAUGGUAACAUGCUGUCCCGAUUCCACCAUCAAGGGCAGGGAGAGGUAUUAAUGUUAGAGAACAUGUAUCCCAGAGGACACACAUACACACACUCACACACUCACAGGUGCACUCACACCUCCUCUCUUACUCAUCUUGAUUUUGUGGUGUUUGUGUGUAUGUCUGUGUUUGCACAUGUGGGUGUGUGUGUAUUUGUAUAAACUCUGCUGUAUGAAAAAUCUGCUGCUGCUGAGAACAGGUGAGAACCUGUCAGGUAACAUCUGUGAGGUACCUGUGUGUCCAACAGCGACUGGGUCUUUCAACAGCCUGUAUGACAGACUGCUGCAUUGUUACCAGUUAGCAGUGAGGAAGUCUGAGGAUUUCUGCCUCACCGUGCCUGAGUUCUUCAUCCUCUUCUUCCUCUACGGAGUUUAUUAAAGCCUCUCAUCCUCCUGUGUGUGUGUGUGUGUAUCAGGCCCUGGCCCUCCUGCAGAUCAGACUGUGGUCAUCGAGGAGUUCCGGUAUCUGUCUCAGAGGCUCUUUGUGACUGUGUCGGUGUUUGCUGGGUUUGGGAUCCUGCUGGGGAUCAUCUGCCUCACCUUCAACAUCUACAACAGCAACGUCAGGUACCAAGUCUUGGCAUGUCUUAUUUUAGCUCAACACCUCCAUAGAUCUAAGUGUGCUGGGGCAGCCAAAACAUAGCGGGUAGAGCCAAGGGACUGAUGCUAACCAAAACAUCCAUUAAAUUUACUGACUGAUUAUUUCUCUGUCCAGGUGUUCCUGCUUCUCUCUGUGAAGGUUUGAAAGUGUGUGUGUUGUUUUUACUGCAGGUACAUCCAGAACUCUCAGCCCUACCUGAACAACAUGACAGCAGUCGGCUGUAUGAUGGCUUUAGCUGCUAUUUUUCCUCUGGGCAUCGAUGGCCUGCACGUCCACAAGACACAGUUUCCAGUUGUCUGCCAGGUAUGAAGAACAAAACUCUUUUAUAAAGGGGGUCUGAAGGUAAAAACCUGCUGACACAUCCCUCAUUGUAACUUUAAUGUUUGAUUUCGCUUUCACUGUCCUAUUUCUUUAAUGCCCUUGAUGUUAGCAUGUCAAAGCCUGCAGUGGGUAGAGCAUGCCUCCCCUCUGUUUCAUGUGCAUAUAUGCAAAGCCAGGGCAGAGGAAGCAACAAAGUCCCCUAGGGUAUAGAAUGGAACAGCAUAAGUGACAAUCCAUAUGACCAUAGCAAAAUCGGAUACAGCAUAUAGAAGAAGGAGCUGGGGAGGAGGAGGAGGGGAGAACAGCAGCAAAGACACUGGUACAGAUGAAAUAGGAGGAGUGGACAGGCUGAAGACGUCUAAAUAGAAGAAACUUUUUCAACAUUCUCAACCUUUAUAGCCUGCCUGGACUAGCACUUUGCUCAGUUUGUCAAGCAGACAUCUCUGCUGUAUCCCAGGGGACACAGAUUCAGCAGGUUUUAUUUCUGAGAACAGAGUUAAAUGAAACUCUCUGUCUGUGUCUCUUCUUAUUGAAUUUCCCUUUGGGGAUAAAUAAAGUUCUUAUCUUAACUUAUCUUAUCUUAUCUUAUCUUAUCUUAUCUUAUCUUAUCUUAUCUUAUCUUAUCUUAUCUUAUCUUAUCUUAUCUUAUCUUAUCUUAUCUUAUCUUAACUUAACUUAACUUAACUUAACUUAACUUAACUUAUCUUAUCUUUCUGUGUGUGUCUCCUUGUCUGUGUCCGUGAGCCAGUUUCGUCUGUGGUUGCUCGGGCUGGGCUUCAGUCUGGCAUACGGCAGCAUGUUCACUAAGAUCUGGUGGGUUCAUACUGUCUUCACCAAGAAGGAGGACAAGAAGGACAGGAGGAAGGUAAGGAGACAGGGAGUAAAGGAACAGAGUCUUUCUCAAUUAGAUCUGAGGACCCUCACUCUGUGAAAUCCUCCACGACAACGCGUCAGGUCCUCACUGAAGAUCAUCGACCAGAGACGGUCAUCAGCUCUCUGCUCAUUAUCACUCAGUAAAGACUUAAGUUCUGUCCUUUCAGAUAUCAGUGAUCAGCUUUUCUUAUCAUAAUCAAUAUUCUUAUUGACUCAGUACAGACUUCUCUGUUCACUCUGUGUCAAUAAUUCUAAUAACAAACUCACUUGCUCUAUUAUAUCAUCACUGAACAACACCAGCUUUGAUUUGCUAUUGAUUAAUGACUGACUGACUGACUGAUUGAUUGAUUGACUAAUUGAAUGAUUGAUUGAUUGUCUCCCAGCAGCACUUGGAGCCCUGGAAACUGUAUGCGACAGUCGGAGUCCUGUUGGGGAUCGAUGUCCUGUCUCUAAUGAUCUGGCAGAUUGUGGAUCCUCUGCAUAUCACUGUGGAGGUCUGUUCCCAACGAUGCAGAUUAAUCUUCUUAUCAAAGAGUUUAUUGAAAAGUGUUUGAUCAAAUAUUUGUCCUUAGUUUAAAUCCAUCAGUGUUAAAAUUCAGAUGUGAUUUCUGACAGAUAAACGGACGCCGUGUUUCUUUAGCGUCCUCCUUUUUAGAUCAGGACGCAGUCUUGUUUAGCCAUCACAUGGAAAAAAUAAAAACAUUUUGAAUUAUUUUUGCCUUUAUUAGAAAUAUGGAAAUUAUCAUUAGAAAAUAAGAAAGUUAUGAACCAGAUCAUAUCAAGACUCAAAAAAAAUCCCAAAAUCAGUUCAGAGGAUUGUAUAUGGGGUACCUGCUCCACCAACUAAAUAUGACCAGCAACUGACUGUGUGCAACAGCUCAAGUAAAAUCAGUAAUAAUCUGGUCACAUCAUGUUUUCUGAGGAGGUCAGCUGAUAAACCUCUAACCUCACCUGUGUCCUGAUUUCUUCAUUUUUCUGUGUUUAUGUGGAGCAGAAGUUCACCAGGGAGGCUCCUAAAGCAGACCUGGACGUCCUGAUCCAGCCUCUGCUCGAACACUGCAGCUCCCAGAAGAUGAACACCUGGCUAGGUGAGUCACACACCUAUUCUGUCUGUACAACCCACCUGCCGGCUCUCUGUGAGUUCAUCAGUGUAGAGCUGGGUAAGGAGGGCAAACAGUAACCAGCUCCAGUUGAAUAGACAUCCUGAAUCAGAAUGUUGGUCUGUCUCACUGUCUCAUCACUCACCUGUUGUAUCAUGUGAUGCUCUGGAGCAUGUGUCCUUCUCUCCUUUCCUUGUUUCUUUGCAUCUCUUCUUAUCUGAAGGUGCUGAGACAUAUUGAUGAGAGUGGGGGGUGCUUUUGGGGUCAUGAGAUGUACCUGUCAAAUACCUGCAUGGUUCCUCAUGGCAGCCAUCUUGUCUCCUCAGGUGUGGUUUAUGGUUAUAAAGGUUUGCUGCUGCUGCUCGGGAUCUUCCUCGCCUACGAGACCAAGUCUAUCUCCACCGAGAAGAUCAACGACCACCGAGCUGUGGGCAUGGCCAUCUAUAACGUGGCUGUAAGUCCAGAUCUGUGUGUGUGUGUGUGUGUGUGUGUGUGUGUGUGUGUGUGUGUGUGUGUGUGUGUGUGUUUGUGUGUGAAUGGGGGGGAGUGCAUGUGUGUGUGUGUGUUACAGAUGUUGAUCUUUUUGACAUGAUUCAAGUUAUUCAGGCAAAACCAAAUCUCAGUCUAUAAAUCCCCAAAAUUCCUCUACUGCUCACGCAUGCAUACACACACACACACACACACACACACACACACACACACACACACACAGUGUGUUUUAAUCAGCAGAAAGUCCUUUCAGCUGAUUUUUGUGAUUCUAUUCUCAUUUUAAUUUGUUUUAGAGGAUAAUCCUCCAUCUGCUGAUCAAUCUGACUGUGUGUGUGUGUGUGUGUGUGUGUGUGUGUGUGUGUGUGUGUGUGUGUGUGUGUGUGUGUGUGUGUGUGUGUGUGUGUGUGUGUGUGUGUGAAUGUCUCUGUGAGUGUUUUGCUCCUCCAUCAAUGCUGUGAUGAGAUUUUCAGUCUGAGUCCAGAGAUGAGUGACAGCUGAUCAAUACCGCUCUACCUGCUGACUCACCUGUCAUCUUUCUCUCCCCGUCUCUCUCCUUCUCUCUCUCAAGCUCACUCUCCUCCCUCUCUGUCUCUUCCCCUCCCUCUCUUUCUGUUUUGUAACAAAGGAUAAACCUGUUCUUUCAGAAGGACUCAUUGAUUUGUUGAAUUGGAUCAGACUUGUUUUUGUGUUUAAUCAGAGACCUGCAGGGACACCUCAGGGAGUAAAAACAGCAGUGAAACAAAACAGCAGAAAAACCUUCAGCUGUGAGUUUGUCAGGUCAAAGAAAUCUAAUUGUAUCUCUUUCAUCUUCUAAUUAUAAACAACCACAGCAAAUACAGGUAAAUACAGGUAAAUUGAGGUGAAUACAGGUAAACAGGGGUUAAUACAGGUAAAUACACACAAAUACAGGUGAAUACAGAUAGAUAGAUAGAUAGAGGUUAAUACACGUAAAUACAGGUGAUUUCAUGUAAAUACAAGUAAAUACAGGUAAAUAAACACAUAAAUACAGGUGAAUACAGGUAGAUACAGAGGUUAAUACAGGUGAAUAUAUGUAAAUACAGGUGAAUACAGGUAGAUACAGGUAAAUAGAGGUAAAGUUUAAGAAAGUACAAUUAAAAUAAUUUCACUGCACUUACGAGACUGGACACCAGAGGGCGAUGUCACUUUUCAGCUGAAGCUGUAUUUAAUUUGUAAAUUUGUUCAAACACAAAGAGUUUAGACAAAGACAACAGCUCAGUGAACCUUCAGAUAAAAGUAUUGCCGCCAUAUAUAAGUUAAAAACAAACAAUAUCUAUGAAUCUCUGAAAAGUAAAAAACAAAAAUAGUCAAUCAAAUAGAGAUGAAUAAAGAGAAAGUAUAUGAACAGAAUUUAGCUUUUACAUUUUUGUAUUUUUUUUCUUUUCUUGUGUGUGUGUGUGUGUGUGUGUGUGUGUGUGUGUGUGUGUGUGUCUCAGGUGCUGUGUAUGAUCACAGCUCCGGUCACCAUGAUCCUCUCCUCGCAGCAGGACGCCUCCUUCGCCUUCGCCUCUCUCGCUAUCGUCUUCUCCGUCUACAUCACGCUAGUGGUCCUCUUCGUCCCUAAGGUAAAAAAAAACACUGCACCUUUAUCACCACCUUCAUGACCUUCAUCAUUUUUAUCCCUUUCAUCUCCAAUUUCACCUUCAUCUUCAUCUAGUUUUAUGAGGAGAGAGAGAGAUGGAUCCUGUAAAGAUGAACUGCUCUACCCUUCAUAGUCGACAUUAUAGACACCAGGUGUGAAAUUGUAUAGGUUGUACUUAUUUGGGAUACAUGGUGGUGUUUGUGUGGUGUGCAGAUGCGGCGUCUAAUCACGCGGGGGGAGUGGCAGUCUGACACUCAGGAGACGAUGAAGACGGGCUCGUCCACCAACAACAAUGAUGAAGAAAAGUCCAGACAGCUGGAGAGAGAGAACAAGGAGCUGCAGAAGAUCAUCCAGGAGGUACACCUAAAAACACACCUGAGUUAUUUUACCUCAGACAAACCCACAGGUGUUUAGUCAUGGUCAGCUCAGAGCACAACUGAGGUUCCUCCAUCACACUUGAGCUCACAGGUCCUCUGAGGCAGACUGAGAUAAGGAGGAAGGAUGGACAGUCACAUUUGAAAGAAAAAGGGGAGAAAAGAAACAAGAAAUAUAUAUAUAUAUAUUUUUUGUUGUUGUUUUUUUUUUGUCUAAUUAAACUGAUUAGAACCAUAUUUACAUAAGGGAGGGGUUCAGGUGUACCUCCUGUUUCUCUCAUAACAGGUCUAAGGUAAGACAAAACAUUUAGGGGGCAAUAAAAACUCAGUAUUCAAAUAAAAUAGUAGGAAUUUUCUCUGCAGAUGUCUAAAUUUGUGCUGAUGUUGCAGCUGAACUAAUCAAACCAAACUCCGUUCAAAAAACAGCAUUUUGAAGGAGUUUUCCUCUCAGCUGCAGUAUGACUUGGCAAAUCCUGAAGUUACACUUUUCCUGCUCAGAGAGGAUGGACUUCGGUUUUUAAGGUGGAUCACAGAAAUUACGUUAGAAACCAAACUCCAUCCUGUCCUGGUCAUGUGAUCUUGUAGUUUAACAUGAAUUAACAUUAUAAGGUCAAUAAUGUCAAGCCCCACCAUGCGGAGGUCAGGGAUAAGGUGUGGAGGUCGGGGCGUUGACCCAUGUCUUUGUCCGACCCUCAGAAAGAGGAGCGAGUGUCUGAGCUGAGGAACCAACUGUCAGAGAGACAGGCCCUGCGGUCCAGGAGACGGGCGUCCACCAUCUCCAACCAGAACCACAGCACACCGCCCCUCAAUGUCCACCACAGCGACCCCCGCUCCCUGGCCCCGCCCCCAGGAUACCCUGCCCCAACCCUCGAACCACACCCAGUCUCUGCGUCCUUCGCCAACUCAUCCAGUCUGUACCAGCACGACAGCAAGAUCAGCAGGAACAACUGCCACACCAGCCGGCUGCAGCUCCUGUACAAGUAAAGAGGGGGAGGAAAGAGGGAGAGAGAGAGGGGUGGGGGGCAAGAGACGCUGCAGACAGGUGUAUUCAGACAGUCAUUUCAUGUGGGGCACAACAGAUCUGGAACCAGGAACCAAGUACUCAGGACAGCAGAGACCUGAGGACAGCAGGGACCUGGGGAAGACACACAUGAACAUACCUGAGUGUUAAUAAGUGUGUGUGGGGGUUCAUGAGAGUGUGUGUGUUAAUGAGCGUGUGUGUCUUAAUGAGUGUGUGUGUCUGUUCUUGAGAGUAUUUGUGUUUAUAAGUGUGCGUGUGAUAGUGGCUCUGGCUCUGCUGUGUCAGCUGUAUCAGUGACGGUGUUUCCUGUAGACUUCGAGGAUAAUCAGCUGAUCUGACCGUCUCUGGAUCACAAAGACUCUGAGUGUUUGUCUCUCGGACCUCAAACCUCCUCAUGUCUGUUUGUGAUGUUCAGCCAAGUGAGAGACACAGAGUCCUAUCAAGAUUAAACCAAACCAGACCACUAAAGAGUCUGUACUGUAAAGACGACAGUAAAACACACCUGGACGCACAUGGACACACCUGGUCAGUGUUAUUACAGGUUAAUAAUAUGUAUGAGUGUGUGGAUGUGUCAUUACAGAGUAGCUAAUGCUUUUAAGAUGAGUUACAAUCUUGUUGGAUUUGUAAUUGUUUGUAUGGGGCUCUAUGGAGACUGACUCUGAGAACACCGCCUCUAGUGGACUUUGAAGGACCUGCAGUUUCUGGGAUGUCUGCGUUGGCUUCAGUUCCCCUUCAGUAACAUGUGCUAAGACAGUAUAUUCAUAAUAGCAUUUCAUUCAUGUUCAACAUCAGCAAAGAGAUGAAAAAGUGCUUCAAUCCUCUUCAGUAUCAGAGCAUUUCUGACCCUGAAACAUACACACAUACUGUGACAUAAUAUAUAAUUAUUAUUAUCAGACUAGCUCAAUAGAGGAAAAAAGUCCCGCACUUUUUUUGGUCAUCUAAAGAGAGAAGUGCCCUCCACACCACUGCACCAAUAUAAAACUGUAUUCUGACAUGUUUUAGUAUUUAUUUCAGGAUGGGGCCCAAAAAUGGAAAACAUGCUGGAUGGAAGGGUGCCACUUUAAAGGCUUUUCAUUGUCAUCAGGUCAGAAUCACACAUUUUAAAAAGACAUGAACUUAGUGGGAAGCUGGUUUGAUUGAAGGACUCAUCAGUUUGAAACAAAAAGUAACCAGCAGGGGGAGGAGAGGGGGGUUAGUGAAAGAGCUUCACAACUCUUGGUCUGACAACACGAGAAACAUAUUUUUCCAGAUUAUCAUGAGAGAGGGGGAUACAAAAUGUAUUAAUCGAGUCUUGUCUUAAAGGGUCAUAUUUGUAAUUUUUAAAGGGGCCCAUGCAUUGACCCCUGUGGUACUCCCCAUGGAGUACUGCAGUGAUAUUUUCAGUUUUUAAAUUGGAAUGGAAAGUGUGAGCAGUGUUUUUGUUUUGGGUUUUCUUUAGAGUUUCUUCUCUUUCUAAAAAAAUUUUGACUAAAUCCACCAAUGUUAGCCCACAGCACUUUUUUUGCCCAUGUUUCUAUAAAUACCCUCCGAGUUUCCGUUUUUCUGUGUUUUCUCCAGUAUCAUACCCACAGACAGCAGAGUUCCCCUCCUCACUGGCUCUCUUUGAGUCUCGUGUUCCCCCUUCUGCUUUCUGUUCUGCCAAGUUUCCUGAUUCAGUUUCACUCAAAAGUUUUCAAUGCAAAAGGUGAAAAAGCAGCAUGAGUCUCACUUCUCUUUUUCUGAUAGCAAUUUAGACAGUUUCAAACUGCUGCAGCCAUCUCCCCAAACUCACUUUAACUGAAUACAAAAACUGUGAUUUUAAUGUCACAAGAGUUUGUAGUAAAUUCAUCCAAUCAAACCAUCAGUGCUGUCUGUACCUGAGGGUUAAACCUGGUCUCAGAUUGUGAUACAUACACUAAGACUGUGUUGAGUGAACAGAUCAAUCAGGAAGCGUAAGGAUAAAUGUGCAAACAUAGAGUAUAACUACCUGUCUGUCUGUCUGUCCCUCUGUCUGUGCGUGUGUCUAUAUGUGUGUUUGUGAGACUGCCUGUCUGUCUGUCCAUGUCAGGUUUGGCUCAGUGUGUUCAGGUGUGUUAAGGUGUGUAUUAGUGUGUUCGGGGAUGCGCAGGUGUGUCAAGGUGCGUUUAAGCGUGUUCAGGUGCGUUAACGUGUGUUUAAGUGUGUUCAGGUGUGCUCAGGUGUGUUGAGGUGCAUCUAAGUGUGUUCAGUUGUGUUCCGGUGCAGUGUUGCUGUUAUGAAUCUGACUGUAAAUAAUGAUUGUGUAAAUAUAGAGGUGGGCUGUAUUUCACGUGUUACAGUAUUAAUAUAUAUUUCUAUAUGCUGUAAUAUCAGAGUGACAAUAAACUUAAUGUGUUUUUCAUUUGUUCAUCUUCAA